GUCUGAUAAAAGUGUCGUGUUUCAGCAGCAGGAGAGGGGGGACUCUCGGCGGUGUGGCUCCCCCUGCAGGUUAGUCCCGCACACUGCAUAUUUCCCGCCUGACGUAGGGCGACAUAUCGGUCUCUAUCAGCUGAUCAAAUGGCGACAGGAGUGAAGUGACUCAUCAGAAGUGUCUUAAUUCAGAGAAACGGGAGAGGUCGCGCUGGUCAAUGAGGUGCCAAUUAGAAGACGAGACAUCCUGUUCUCCUGCAGGCUUUACAAACACCACAGGUGGUUUCCUAGGUAACCAAUGACGAAAUUUAAUAAAACUGCUAAAAAUAUACAACAUAUCUGAUUAAAGUGGCAUUGCUUGACAUGAUUUGUUUGGGUUAUUUACGUUUCAGACGUUAGAGAAACCCGCACAGCUUUUUGGACUACAAUUACGCACAGAAAACCGACAAUUAAAAUCAUCUUUAAAACCGAAUUCGAUGAUUUACGAACGAUUUAAACGAUUUGAUUUGAUCAAAAAUGGUACACAGACUGUGUCGAUAUUGAAAAAUAUUCUUCUGCUGAAAAUAAAUGCUCAUUUUCAGUAACAAAUUUAAGAACAGAUGGGACAAAGAAAGAAAGAAAGCCCUAAAAAGGUUGUGUUAUGCUUUUUGAUAUUAAAUAUAGGUUGAUGAUACCCCCUUUUUUAUAUGGUAAAGAGCUCUUACUGAUCUGUUCAUUUAAUAUUAUUUUCUUGUUUUAGUCCAUCAGGUUUUAGUCUUUACUUUUCAACAUUUUUAUCUCCAGUGUUUCCCAGAGGUAGCUCAAAAACCAUUAUCCAUGCGCAAAGUUUGUGUCUGCACACACAAGCGCAGGUUAAACUGGAGCAUACAAAGAGACAAGCAUACAAAACAUCAUCCAGAAAUACUUCUCUCGGUUGUUGACGUACAUUUAAGUCAAAAGCAUGACUCCUUAGUGGAAAAGUCCCCGAUUUGUAACCUGUAAACAUUUGGUGCAUCAUGAUACAAAAAAUAAAGAUAAAUAAAUAAAGGAAACUCUGCACUGUUAAGCAGCUGAAAUGUCUCUAUAUCAGAAAUGCUUACUAAACAAGCUGGGGAAUGAUUGUUUAAACUAAGUAUCUUCAGCGACUGUAACUUGGUUCUUAGUACAUUCAACUUAAAUAUUCUUUUUCAUUCCAUUAGGAGCUUGAAGUACAUUGAAGGUAGUCCAGUUCACUUACUUAACUAAUGCUGCAUUACUUAAAAAAUUUAAGGCAACAAGUUACCUCGAUUUUUUUUAAGUCGAGUCUACUUAUCUCGGUUGACAGUGUGUUGAUAUCAAAUGUAAAACAGGCAAAUUUAGUGUUUGGUAACACUUUAUUUGAUGCCUAUCUCUAUAACGUGUUAUAAAUACAUGUAUAAUGCGUUAUAAUCACGUUAUAACUAUAGUUAUAAACAUUCAUAAAUGAUCAUAAUGCUUUAUAGCAAUAAUCAUAAAACAUUAUAAAGCGUUUUAUCAUGACUUAAGAGGUCAGAUAUUAUAAUGUGUUAUAACUGUUAACACUUGUAUUGCAUUAUCUAUGUGGGCAUUAUCAGUGAGUUGGUAAAAGUUAUAACACAUUAUAAUAACUGACCUUUUAAGUCAUGAUAAGUUGCUUUAUAAUGUGUUGUGGUUAUUGCUAAAAAGCAUUUUGAUCAUUUAUAAGUGUUCAUAACUAUAGUUAUACAGUGCUAUAACCUGAUUAUACCGCAUUAAACAUGUAUUCAAAUGCAUUAUAGAGAUAGGCGUCAAAUAAAGUGUUACCAGUAUUUUUCAUGGAAUAAUAUCUUUUUUAGAUUAAAUAUGAUGUAUCAGCUUUGCACUAUUUUUUUUAGUGAAAUGUUUAUGUUUAUGUGAUUUUUAAAUCAUCAUAAUCUGUUUUUAUGGACAUUUUACUAAACAUCCAAACUCUUUUAGAAUUCAGAUUGUACAUAAUAAUUAAUAUCAAGCUUGAGAGCACCGAAAGAGUCCCAGUUUGCAAACACUUCUCAGAAAGCCACUGUAAUUACUCCCUCUGGAUACUCUCGUUCGCGCGUCAAAAGCAGCGAGGGGCGGAGUCGGGAGCGCGCACUCGGAGCGCACGGGGCGCACAGCCCUCCUGAGCUCUGUUGAUAUAGGCAGCUCUGUCCUUUGAGCGGAGGUUAUGGCUGAGGACUCUGUUAAGGGAAGAGGAGAAAAGAAGACAGCUCGGAUUAUUUGAUAAGAAACACACGUUUUAUUACAUUUCGUGCGCGCAAUCGUGUUUUUACGCAGCAGCCGUGAUGAGUAAGUACCCUUUUUCAUACUUUUCUGUGUUUUUAAAGAUGUUUUAAAGGUUCAUUCCAGCUCUAGUGUAGAUUUGGUAGACAUGCAUGUUUAAUCUUGUCUCAUUAGUCAUGUUAUAAACUCUUAAAUUUGCGGUUAUCGUUUUGUUUCAAGCUUCUUACUUCAUUGACACCAUGGAAAAGUAACCCGUAAGUUACAGUAACGGUACCGUGCUGGUUCUGUACCAUUCCCACCUCUAGGCUCCUGAUCAAGAAGGCUUUGAACCUGCUACAAUGUCGCACGCACAGGUUGAGAUACCAGGACGCGGUUUUCCAGGCCUCUCCAUGGAUUUGACCGACGACUGCUUAUCCCGGGUGCCAUCCGUGCUGAGGACGCACGGUGUGGGCGCACGGAGGAACUCUUACGGGCUCCAGAAAAUAAGCAUGGACAUUGACUCGCCUCUGUACAGCGGCGCCCUCUCGAAAGCCCUGUCCUGGUCUGCUGAGAAUAUUUUAUCUCUGCCCGAGUCCAGAGCAGAGGAUGAGAAAACCGACGACUCUCCAGCGUCUCCUUCCCCUGUCUCCAGCCCGGGAACCAGCUCCAACACGCCCCCCUGCAGCCAGGAGCAAGACACCGGAGGAAACUGGGACUCCGUGCAGAGAUCCAGCGCGCAGGACGUGAGCUCGGAGUCCGAGAACGAACUCCAGAACAAGCAGAACAAGAUCUUGUCUCGCAUCACGUUUGAUUCUCAGUGGGAGCAGGAGGAGAAGGAGGACGUGGAGACCAAAGCUGUGGCGACGUCUCCUGAUGGAAGAUACCUGAAAUUCAAUAUAGAGAUUGGGAGGGGGUCUUUCAAGACGGUCUAUAAGGGACUGGACACGGAGACGACAGUGGAGGUUGCAUGGUGUGAGCUACAGGUAGGAUUCUUACUUUUAUAUUUGAUUGUAGGAUCUUUAUUCUUACUGUGAAGAUGGAAAAACCAGCCUGGAAGAGUUCAAACACAACUUUUUUGGCCUUCUACUCUGAAAUAUUGAAUUCUUCACUUAAACAGACUGUUAGUUGUGGUCUUAAAUCAUCCUUCAACAUAGAAGAAGUAUGAGAUUUUGGGUUUCCACUGGAGAUACUCCUCUGCCUGUCUGUCCCCAUCCACCAACCCCCCAUCAGGUCUGACAGUUCCCCUGCUCUCCUGCCCCACUCAGCUCUAAUUCCCCUCUCUGAGGCCCGCAGAGUCGAUGUGCAGCAGCUAAUCUCCCGAUUAUUAUUCCUUGUUGACCUUGAGUCAGGCUGUGUCAGGCCCGUUCUUGGUAACACAGGUCAUCCCGUCAGCAGUCAGCUCCAACUGAACCACUCCGCCUGCCUGCCUGCCAUGAUCCCCUCUAAUCUCUGUUUUCAUUAACAACCAGUGACACCAAGACGAGCUCUCUGAACACCUCACGUGCAAGGCUGGACAGAGAAUAGGUCAUUUAUAUUCAGCUCUGCUGAACCAUGAUCAGCAUGCAUGUGAGAUGAUAGUCCAAUUUCUCCUCUCAUCUUGCAGAACAGGAAAAGGGACCAUGUGCAGCUCAGGGUCGGUGCUCACGUGUUGUAUGUCAACAGCAAAAGUAAACCAGUUUCGCACACUCAUGCUAAAGUGUCAGCACUCUCCUGGGCACGGAGACGCCGAACAGCCUGGAGAACAUCUGCCACCUGAAAUUCGAUGGCACAGCGCAGGAUUUAAAGAUUUAAGCUUUAAGUCCACCCACACAACGUUAGCUGCAGUGUGUGACAUGACGUGAGGUGCCAGUGUCUCAAAGCUCCUGAGCCGUCUAAGGUGUUAAGUUGUGCCCUCUUACCCUCUAAACCUCAAUGUAAACAUUGUGCCACUGGCACUGGACGCAAAACAACCUCCCGACGUCAGAUUCGGUCAGUCAGUUACUCCUCGCUUCUUCUUAGUGAGAAAUAUGUACACAAAGAAGUUGUAAUCCUCGUAACUCGUCACAUGAAUCAUUUAUUACCUGAACAAACUAUUGAUCUUGAAUAUUAUAUCUAACCUUGAUGUCACUGUUUGCUCAAAAGGUGCAGCCACUCUUAGCUCCUACUAAUGUGAUACAAGGAGUAAUGCCUCACAGGAGCUUUUUGUCCUUGAAGGCCACCAUUGCUUCACUGAUGGGAGGAGCGAGUAAGGGAGUUUGGAUGUAGAAUCUUGUUUUUUUUUUAUUUAUACGCACUGCACCUUUAAACGACUUUGGAAACAGUCACUUUGGAAGAUCUCUAAUACAAUAUGCUAUCCAAUAAAUAUGUACAAAUAGGAAUAACUUAUUCCUAUACACCUGGUAUGUACAGUUGAGUAACUGCAAAGUUUCGCACAUUGAAAUUGUUCUAGGCGUACUGGCCCAGUCAAUACACAAAUAAUUGUCUAACUGUCAUAAGGUCCUCUUUUUUGGCUCCACAAAUGCACAGAGGCAGCCUUUGUCUUGCCUUUAACCUCUGCAGGAGGCCCCCCGACACUCAGACAGUCAGGGAUUACUCAUGCAGGGCGAAGUGAAGCUGCCCUCAAGGCUCACGCUCCAGCAGCAGGAGAAGCAGCAGCAGCAGCAGCAGGUUGAGACUUCUGCCUCAAGAGGCCACCUGUCAGUCCACACAACAGGUGUCUGUUCUGAGGAGGGAGAGAUGGGGGCACUCCCGGGCUCUUUGAGACACAGAUGUCCCUUUUACCUGCACUGCUCACCCUCACGCCCUGGAGUCAAACACAAGCAAAGGGUCCAUCAGUAUUUGUGGUCUGACUUCAAAAGCUACCUUUUCUUUUAACUGUUGUGGCGUGAAAAGAGCGUUGGCUCUGUUCCAGCGCGCCGUAUUGGAAACAAGCAUGCUUUUUCAUCUCUGUACUCGAGACAUGGGCCCAGUUAAGCUCCUUUAAUCGCCGCUAAUGAGCUUAAAGGUGGCCGUUGUUGAUAUGGUUACUGUUGUGAUAAGUUAACCUCGACGUCUCGGCUGAGGCCACAUUUCUUUAACCAAAUCAGCGCUCCGACUUCCCCCGUGUGCCCCAGAUUGUUGAACUGGACACAAAGGCAUGCUGUUGGUGGUUAAACACACUCUCCUCUGUAAUGUUGACAGAGCAGCAGCUGAAGGUGCGUCAUUACAAGUCAAGUAGAGAUGCCCUAAGCUCUUUUAACUAUGUAUUACACAGCGUGAGCAGUAAUCUGCAGGCGGCGAGGUUCAGCUGUGCAGAUUGCAAAGGCAUCUGUUUCACCUGAUUCACUCUCAUGCAGAACAUCAUCUGAUUCUGUGAUCAUGUCUUACAGUCGGAGUGCUCUCCCAGAGGAGUUACAGUGAACACGGGUCCGUCAGGGGGGAACGUUUUGUGCUAGAACACAAAAAGUAAACAAUAGCGUGAGAUUCUUCCAUGAUAUGUAACACUGAAGAAGAUCACCCAGGGCAGAUUGGAAUAAUAAGAGAGGGCUCAGGGCAUCGCUCAUAAACACUGGCUAUUAAUAAUAAGAUACUACAGAACAGUAAACACUCAGUGGAAACAGAGCUCCCUUAAGCUUAAUUUAGCAACAGUGAGACCCAACAAAGGGAUGAAACACAUACAUCAGAUAAACACUGAGACAUGUCCAACCAGGAGGAAGAAACCUGGUUUCAACUUUUUCAUUUGAAACUAAAAAGACUUUCUUUCAGAGGUAGAAUAGAAAAUUCAAACAUAUUUUAUUCCACAAUAACCGGAGAAUAAAUGAGAGCGCACAGGCAGUACAAUCUUCAGAGUGAAGUAGGGGUGUCCUAAUACAACUUUUUUACCUCUGAUACGAUACCAAUAUUGUAGCCUUCAGUUUUGUCUCAUACCGAUAUUGAUCCGAUAUUAGCACAAACUUGUGCAUGACAAGUUUUGCAUUCCGCUGCAACAUCUUUUUGGGCCAACAUCACUCCUACUCCUUGGUACUUUGUUAGAACCUUAGUACACACUGUUGUUGUGAUCACAUGGGCUCUACAUGCUGGAUAAGGGUGCUGCCAGACAGAGGUGCUGGAGCGGCGUCUGUAAUGGACUGCUUGUAUUAGAGUGCUGAUAUCAGAGAUUUUAGAUGCAGGCCAGUAUAAUCCAAUAUUUGAUUUUUUUUUAUAUCGGACCGAUAUCCGAUAUCAAUAUCGUACCAGGACACCCCUAACAUGAAGUAUAAUAGUAACAGGAAUGCAGUUGAACUUGUGGUGUUAAUGCACUGUGAUUAUUACACAUGAAAGAUUAUUGCACUGUAUUAUUUCACAUGGAGUCUUGAUGCUUCAUAAUCAACAUUUUACAAGAGAUGUUGGUGCAUCAUUAGUAACAUUAGACAUGGGAUGUUAUGGCAUCGUGAUCAGCAUUUCACAUUUAAGAACUACACAUAAAAGUUUUUAAAACCAUGUAAGUCACUGAAAAGUUAAAUGAACUGUAAACGCAGGAUAAGUAAUAUUGCACAUGCAUGUUGUUGCUUAAUAAACAAUAAUUCACAUUACAUGUAAUUCCACCGGGUAGUAUUGCGGAUGAAUUGCUUUUCUUCCAUGGGUUGUGUUGCAAAUGAGAGGUUAUCGCACCAAGGAGUGAUACUGCACAUGAGAUUCUUAUAUGAGACGUGUUAUUGCACCAUAAGUCAUUGAAAAAAAGUUACAACAUAAAUAAUGUUGCAAACAAAGCUUCUACUAGCGCUACUUUUAGAUUCUGCACAUGUGUAUCAUCUAUUCCACAUCAGACUCUUCUGUAGUUGUCCUCACACUGGAUAGAAAAAGAAAACAAGAAAUUCAGCUCAAAGCAUCCCAUCUAAUCUAAUCCACCCAAAUAUGAAUCAAUUUCUCUCCAACCAAUGUGAAAAAAUAAAUAAAUAAAAUUAAGUGGUCUAAAAAACCUCCUUUCUGAGUACAGAAAAUGUUCAAACAAACCGCACUGAGGCUCGACUCGCCUCUUGGUCGGACUUUAUUGAAUUAUCUCAAGUUGGAUCUUGUCCAAAAUUUAAUGGAUUCCUCUUAGCCUGAGCUUCACCUUUCCACAGAGUUCUACGAAAACAGAGUCAGCCUUUGUUUCAUAAUCAAGCCAACAGACAACAUGACAGCGAAUGAAAAGCACUAAAAUAAAUAUUUGAUGAUGAUGGAGGUGAUAGUUUAGUUUCCUGGCUCAGUGAAAAUGAACAAGGCUUUCCCUGCUUGUAUGCCAUAUAUAUAUUUCAUCUAUUCAAAUGAAUGUAAUCAAUUGAUCAAAAAGUGAAUUAUUUAACAGUAAUUCCUGAAUGAGGAGAGCUGUCGAGUCACUGAUCGAAUGUUAAAAACUUUGGUACUAUAAUAUAAAUCUAUCGUUGUAUUCAAGGAAGGAGAACAAAUAUAAAACAUCCCGUGUGGCCGCUUCCUGGCAACCCUUGCCCCCCAAAGGGCUCACAGGUGACUCAGGUGCCAUAUAGGCAACAUAAACUGGUCUCUGAAGGACAUGUAGCGUGAUAAAAUAUGGAUGACGCUCCCCUCCUGCUUCCAUUCAUCCACACUGAGGCAAAGUUUACAACCUUCUGUAUGUCAACGUUACUGCUGCUCGCACAAAAACUGCUGCGGCUGUGAAACUCUACCGACUGGUCGUCGCACUAAAUCAUGUUUCUGAUCAACAUAACUCACCUUGAAUGGAGCACGGUUAGCUACUGAGUAACUAAUAGCGAUGGGUGCACUGAGGCACAGAUCCUUUUUGGUGGAGCCCUUUUAAAGGGCAUCAGUUGCACAAUGCCUGAUCUUUUUUUAAGGGCAGCUUCCAGCUGUUUCCUCCUGCAGACAUUUAGACACUCUUGUUAUGCUCUUAUGUGUCAUUUUAAACCUAAAACAUACACACAAACCCUUCAAUCAUCAUGCUCUAUAUAAACAGCAUGCUCUACUUCACCACAGUCACCUGUAUUUGCUGAGACAUCUUUAUGAGGGCCGUGUGCUUAAUGCAAGAUGGGCUUGAGUGCAUUUAAAAAUACUGCAGCACCCACAACCAAUUAGCUAGAUCCUUGGGUGCAUAAACACGGACUAGGAGAGGGGUUUUUCUGCUGAUUAUGACAUACCAAGGUGUAAAAGUUAAUGCACUGCUUGUGUGGCCUUUGUUUUUGUAGAUGUCAAAGCUCUUUUUGUUGGAAACUCCGAGGUGUAAUGAGAGCUGUUUUAAUUAAUCUGGUUUGUUUUUUAUAGCUGCUGUAGGAGUAGUUUAAGUGCAGUGAGGUAGGAGGUUACUUUCAAUAGCUGCAUUAAGUCUAAAAUUGAAUGAUAAUGGAAUUUUCAGGUGAAAAGCCAUCAGAGGAAUCACACGAGAAAUCAGACGAUAGAAAAAUGAUUGGGUUUAAAAAUUUGGGAAGAUCUCAAACUGGCUUUGGGAGAUUGAAGAUUAUUCUUGUGAUUGUUUUCUUAACUCAAAGAUUAGUCAUUGGGUAUGUCAAAUGUGGGAAAGCUAACUGAAGAUGGUUAUCUCCAACGAUUUGUUUAGUUCCCAUCCCAAAGACACGAGGAGUGCUGCGACUGUCGUAGUUGUGCCAAGUUCUCAGACAGUCACCAGAGAGGAAUUCAAGGCAAGUCUGAGUCGAGUCCCCAUUAUUAAUGUUACGAGUGCAUUUAAAAAGUAGUAUAAGUUGAUAAAUUGUUCAUCAAACUCUCUGGCGAUUGAUUUUGUACCUUGUUUCUGUCAAUCAAUCAACACAUCUGAUUAAAAAGUUGUUUUAUUUUGGACCUUGAAAAGUUAUCUGAGGACAAAAGGGGGGAAGAGGGGUGUCUGAAGAUUAACAUCACCCCUGCUGUAGUGAGAUUUUGGACCUUUACUUUCUUAAACGUGGGCCCACUUAAGAGCUGCGUGCUGCAUGUUUGAGCAGAGUUUUAAGGCUGGUGUAAUAGCAGCAGAUUAAACCUGGCCGUAAAAUGUUACGAGGCCAAUCACAGAGGCAUAAAUCUAGUUUUGGCACAAAUCUUAGACCUUUCUUUCUCCUCCUCUCACUCCUUUUUGCCCCCGGGCCUCAUACAAACCUUGCUGUGUAACCUUUAUCUGAAUGUGGCUAGUGUUCAGUGACGUAACACAAGCUGUGGGCUUCCUAUCAGUUCUUCUGUAGCCAACAUCAACACUGUCUCUCCUCGCAGGGCCCGCGCUGCAGACCGACCCAUCUUAUCAGAGCCUCCAGUGUUCUCUGAGGAGAGAGUUGGGGCCCAAAAUGAUAGUGUGUGUUCGCACAUGGCAGCAUGUCCCGUCAAAGUUAGGACUAUUUGUUUUUUUUGCGUCAGCGCUGCAGAGUUGCAUUUUUUUUACCUUUACAGUAAAACUUGUCCAGGACUAAAUGUGCUCUCUUUCUGCGACUUGUCAGCGUGAAACAGUCUGCUUGUUUCAAACAGCUCUGAAAUCAGAUAACUCUGCGUAUCACCGGCUGCUGUGAUAGUGUGUUUUAGGGUGGAUACUGUCGGUACAAGCUGGGGCAGCAGUGUGACUCCGUGUGCAGCAGCAGCAGCAGCCUCGGGCUUUUUGGUGUGUUCGUGCGCUCCUCUGAAGACCAAAUCUCUCGAAAGUGUGAAGCUGAGUGGGGGAGUGUUCUCUGUGUGCUGGGAUGAGCCCUUUUUACGUGUGCACCACAGCCCUGAAAAUUCCCCAACACUGUCUGUGUGAACACAAACAACCUGACUGUCCCACUGAGCAUUUUUUGGUUUAAAGAGGUCUAAUAGACGUCUAAAUGUAGCCUAGAUGACUGGUCAGGAUACCACAGGUCUAAAAAUGAUAGUUUUUCAGACGUCUAAGUUUAGACUAAAUCCAAAUCUGGGCUAUGUCUAUUCUACACUGUAAAUUUCUCAAUGGCUAUCAUAAUUAUUUUGGUUAAGUACAGUCAGGCAACUCACAGCUGCUUUUUGAAAUAAACAGUUAUUGAAUAAUGGUUUAAAGUGCAACUUCUAAAUUCCGUCCAAAAAUAUACAGAAUCUAGACGGUUGAAAUUAGGUCUAAAAAAAAAACUAGACGUCUAGUAGCUGUCUAUUGCUCAGUGGAGUUAAUGAUAAACAGAGUUUCUCCCUCUUCGAAUAAGUUCAUUCUUUUGUAUUUGACCUGAAAUACAGACUAAAACAGAGAGCUGGGAACCCCACUGGAAAAAGAAAACCUCAAAAAGAGGGUCAUGUGUGAAAAGGACUAUAUGGUUUCCAAUGUAGUCUUCCUCUAUGACUCUAAAACAAGAUCAUGUAAAUAGAUGUGAUGGAACAAAUCUUAAAAAAAACUUCACAGAGAAGCUUUUACAUGUUAAAGAAUGAAAUGCAAACUUGUAUUUAAAAACUUACAGUGUGAUUUCAUGAUGUUGCUUUAGUCUGACUGAAACUGGACUUUUAAAUGCAUGUAACCACAUUGGCCUGACUGAAAUCACACGAAAUCGAACUUCUAAUAGUCAGACUAGCAUACCUGGAUAGUGAGGAUUUUCUCUUCCAUGUAUACGACUGAAACUGGCCUGAGUGUUUAAGUGCAUCUGAAGUCGAUUAGAACAAAGUGUAUUCUUGCUUUGGAGGUAAAAUCACUGAUAUUAUACUGAUUUUUUUCAUGAUUGAUGAUCUUCAGUUAGUGUCGAUAGAAUAAGCCACUAUUAGUCUUGGCUUCGACAGUAAUCUGACUGUCUGUUUGAUUUUGUAUCCAGAACAUUCUGGGAAGUCACAACCCAAAGACAAUUUGGACUAAUUGGAAACAAACACGGACCACAUCUGUCUCGUUAUUUCCAUUGUCAGCAGCAGUACAAGCCACAACUGGAUUGUCAUUAGACUCUGCCAACCACGAUGGGAACAGUGAGAGGAAAAACAGAUUAGUAACUGGUUUCCAUCUCUGCGAUAUAAUAAAUGAGCUGUUAUACUUUUAUGUGCUCUAAUGUGCUGUUGGCUCCGGCUCCGUCUCCGUCUGAGUCACCGCUUUUAUUGGGAUCUCUCUGAUGAUCGAUUCUCUGUGAUUCUCUACAGGCAUGUUUAAAGUUUUCCAGUCGGAGAGUUCUGGUGACCCAUAUUUUAUACAGUCAGCAGCUCUGCUCCGUGUCUUUAAAACCCGGCUCAAUGGAAAGCUUGUUACGUGACACCAGGCUCAAAAGAUCCUUUCAGAACAUCAAUAUCCAUUUGUCCGGAACAAUAUUUUGAGAUUACUUUUAUCAUAUUGGGUCUCUGUUUUAAAGGAUCAUGCACGCAGUAUGUCUAAAAAAGACAUUUUACAUAACAGUGAUUCCCAAUGCAUCUGAGGCCUCAGUGCUCUGUCUAACAAUAGCAGCCUCACAGGUUAAUUGCACGUCACAGGGAGAGAGAUUAAACUAUAAAAAGCUUGUUAGCAAUCCGUGUCAGACAGUACAACACUGACUAAAGCCUUCUGCUGUGUCGUCACUGUGCCAGUGGGUUUUCAUAAGGUUUAUCUGGGUUAUUAGAUACAUUUUUAGAGAUGCAAAGUUAGAUCAGACUCAUAUUUAUUGUCUGGAAGUAGGGCUGGGCGAUAAACCGAAAAUUUACCGAUACCGAAAUUUACGACAAUAACCAACGUCAUUUCAUCUAUUUCAAUAUAUUCGGUGUUGAAAUAAAUAAAUAAUAAAAGUUGGUUUUGGAUGUGUGUAGGUUUAUGACGCUGUCCUACCUCGGAGACUUGACUCCACCCCAUCCAGUCUGUAACAAAGAGGGAGAGACAGGUGAGGAGAUGGAGGACGGUUCAAAAGUUAAUGUGGGAGGGGGUGAGCAGCUUGUGGAGUAGUCAUCGUUCAUUUAUCGUUAUCGAGGUGAACUGCUCAAUAUAUCGUGAUAUUGAUUUGAGACCAUAUCGCCCACCCCUCAUAGAAGACAUGAUGCGAGGACUCCCAAGGAUACUUUUUCCCAAGGAGUCCCAAAUUAGGAGCUUUCGCCUUGCCACGUAACUCACCAGAUGUCAUAAACACAUCAAGUCUGGUGAAAGUUUGUAUUUUUAGAGGGUCUCACCCACAAUACUGCAAAAUUGGCUCAAUACUGCCCCUAUAAACACUGAAAAAGGGGUCCCCAUGGAGCUUAUUUUGAAAACCACAGUAUAUAAUCACCACAUUAAGACGCCAAGCAAAAAGUCUUGCAUCCAUCACAAGAUGCGGUAGCUGCAGCUAGCAUUCGCCCCAAAAUAAAGACAUUUGAGACUGUAGAGAGUUUACCAGAGACAACUCAAAAGUGAAACCCAUACGGACAAAUUUAUUGGCGGCAGGUAGCUGCCUAACCUGAGUCUGGUCCUGCUCAAGGUUUCUGCCUGUUAAAGGGAUUGCUAAGUAUGGCAAAGUGCUUCAUUCAUGUUGGAUGGGAUGGGUCAAAUCUGUCUCAUCUCAAGGUUGGGUCUUUGUAAUACAUCAAACAAUGAUUUAGGCCUAGACCUUCUUUUUUAGGAUAAUGACUGUUGUGAUUUGGAGCUAUGUAAAUAAAGAUUGAUGGAUUGGAUAGAUUGAAAAUCACUAAAUUUACGGCAACUUAAUGCUGAUAUACACUCACCGGCCACUUUAUUAGGUACACCUGUCCAACUGCUCGUUAACACUUAAUUUCUAAUCAGCCAAUCACAUGGCGGCAACUUAGUGCAUUUAGGCAUGUAGACAUGGUCAAGACAAUCUCCUGCAGUUCAAACCGAGCAUCAGUAUGGGGAAGAAAGGUGAUUUGAGUGACUUUGAACGUGGCAUGGUUGUUGGUGCCAGAAGGGCUGGUCUGAGUAUUUCAGAAACUGCUGAUCUACUGGGAUUUUCACGCACAACCAUCUCUAGGGUUUACAGAGAAUGAUCCGAAAAAGAAAAAAUAUCCAGUGAGCGGCAGUUCUGUGGGCGGAAAUGCCUUGUUGAUGCCAGAGGUCAGAGGGGAAUGGCCAGACUGGUUCGAGCUGAUAGAAAGGCAACAGUGACUCAAAUAACCACCCGUUACAACCAAGGUAGGCAGAAGAGCAUCUCUGAACGCACAGUACGUCGAACUUUGAGGCAGAUGGGCUACAGCAGCAGAAGACCACACCGGGUGCCACUCCUUUCAGUUAAGAACAGGAAACUGAGGCUACAAUUUGCACAAGCUCAUCGAAAUUGGACAAUAGAAGAUUGGAAAAACGUUGCCUGGUCUGAUGAGUCUCGAUUUCUGCUGCGACAUUCGGAUGGUAGGGUCAGAAUUUGGCGUCAACAACAUGAAAGCAUGGAUCCAUCCUGCCUUGUAUCAACGGUUCAGGCUGGUGGUGGUGGUGUCAUGGUGUGGGGAAUAUUUUCUUGGCACUCUUUGGGCCCCUUGGUACCAAUUGAGCAUCGUUGCAACGCCACAGCCUACCUGAGUAUUGUUGCUGACCAUGUCCAUCCCUUUAUGACCACAAUGUACCCAACUUCUGAUGGCUACUUUCAGCAGGAUAAUGCGCCAUGUCAUAAAGCUGGAAUCAUCUCAGACUGGUUUCUUGAACAUGACAAUGAGUUCACUGUACUCAAAUGGCCUCCACAGUCACCAGAUCUCAAUCCAAUAGAGCAUCUUUGGGAUGUGGUGAAACGGGAGAUUCGCAUCAUGGAUGUGCAGCUGACAAAUCUGCGGCAACUGUGUGAUGCCAUCAUGUCAAUAUGGACCAAGCUCUCUGAGGAAUGCUUCCAGAACCUUGUUGAAGCUAUGCCACGAAGAAUUGAGGCAGUUCUGAAGGCUAAAGGGGGUCCAAACCGUUACUAGCAUGGUGUACCUAAUAAAAUGGCCGGUGAGUGUAGGUUAACCACUAAUCAUAAUAUCUCAAUGCCCAAGUUCAAGUCUAUUAAUAGCUAGUUUUUUUGUGUUUUAUAGAACAAACUUUAGGCGAAUUGUUCUGUUUGUUCACUCAGAUCCAGCUCUUUUGUUGGAUUUCUUUAUUCUUGUCUAUAAUCUAUUCAUAAGCUAAAUGUUCUGAUAGCAGCCCUUUUCCCUCCAACAGCCUAAUGAAACUGUGUUUUUAUUUACAGUGAGAUUGUGUGUUCCUUUAGGCGUGAAAACACGUGGUCGCCCCGCAAGUUUCGGGCCCCGCAGAGGCCCCGGGUCCUGCUUCCUAAACAAACCCGAGAGCUCCAGUUUUAAUAGCUGUUGGGUUUUGAGGCCACAGUUGGUGAAGGAAAAAGCUGCUCUGCGGUGUAACCUCUGGUCAUUCCUGAACUGACCAUGUGUGUCAGAGCGUGCAGGACGGAGGUGUCGGGCGUGUAAAGUCGCCAUGUGAGUCCUUUAGAUGAAUUAGCCAUUGGUGUACUGUAAUGACUCUACCUGUUUGGAGUCCGGCACCCGGCGAUACCCAUCAACAAACACGUGUUGGAUGUUUUCUCAGUCAACAGCAAUUAUCGGCGUGCUUUCCUUUUAGAUUUGACCUGUGCUAUCUGGGUUCAAAGUUAUCUUUAGCCUCUGGGGGUUUCUAAAGUCGGAGUUCUCAGAAUAUCCAACAUUUCGACUCUUUAGCAGAAAAAAAUGAAGCUGUUAGCGAAGGAGUCGUUAAUCUUUCAUGUUGUUCUCUUCCUGUCACAAGGGGCACCUCUUGCAUACCAUCACUUUGUAAACUGUAUCCGGUCCUGGUUGCCAGUGUGCACCUGAUAGCACAUUGUUGUGUGUGUUAGUGUAACUGUACGCUGCUGCUGCUGCUGAAGUAGAGCACAAAUAAGCAAGAUACCAAACACCCACACUUCAAAGUUUCCAUUUAUUCACUUUUCCCGAAAAACAGCUCGAAAGAAAAACUCAUGAAGUGAAUAAAAGAAUGUUCCAAUGCAGGAAACAAAGUGAUAUUCCACUUUUUUUGUAUCAGCUUCAUAUAAAAUAAUAUUAAAAAGGACGAUAUUGCCCAGGGAUGAAAGCGCACGUUUGCUGCAUGCUGAGCCCGGGGUCGGAUCAACUUCAAAAGACUGAGCUCUGAUGCUCCCCUGUUUAGAUCCCUGUCAAAUACCAGUUCCCAACAAUGCUUAACAUACUCUUCGUCUACAAGAAACAGAUGUUUGGAGGUCUCGACAUACGCACCGUUUGUUGUCAUGUGUGGAGAAAUGUGCUUGAAUAUUUCUUUCAACACUGACCAAUCCAGGGGUGCUGAGAUGAUUAAGGAUGUAGAAGUAUUAAGUAAGUCGCUAAUCCCAAAUCUGUCUCCAUUAAAGACAGACAAAUACCUUUAAGUACUUCAAAGGUCGUCUUAAAGGUGCAGUACGUGGUAUUUAGCCACAUUUAGCAGAACAGACUUGAUAGAAAUAGAAUAAAAGAUGCAUAACAAAGAUGUCAAGUCAAGUCUCUGAGGGGAAAGUCUCUCAGUAACAAAAUAAACAACGAAUACCAAAGUGAUCUUGUUUCUGUUUACUUAGAGUGGGCUUUAUAUCUCUGCAUGGAAAUGGGUCUCUUUAUACAGAGGCUGCCAUAUUUUACAGCCAUGUUUCCACAGUAGCACAGAAAGGACAAAAUAGUAGCAGCUAAACCGAUUUUUUAAUGUAUUAAAUGACCCAAAAAUGCACCAGUUUGAAGAUAAUGAAGAGAGUGCUUGUUAUUGUACACCAAAGAAUUUGUAUUUACAGCCUCGGAGGCCACCGUCACUUUUAAAGCUUCUUCAAUGGGAGGGGGUGAGCAAGGGAGCAUUUCUGAUCUAGAACCUAACCGUUAAAUAUUGGUAACUUCCCCAUUUUUACUGCUAUUACUUUAAAUCCUAUGAUGGUGACAAGGUCUUACAUUUUAAAGGCUUAUUAGAAGUAGUGAAACCUUAAUGUGUUAAUUAACGGGUUAAAGCUCCUGUGAGGGACUUUCCAUUUCUGUUAAAUUUGACCGCUCUGUUGACUAAACCCUCUUUGCUCAUUUUUUCUUGUACUUCCGAGCAAAAUAAUCCCACGCUGCUCCCUUUUAGUUGUCAAACUUAUCGCUCACUCAACAUGAAAAAAAGGUCAUUCAUCACUUGCUCCAACACCUACCCCUCGCCAAAGGUUUAAGACAUUAAAAACAACUAAAUAAACAUAAUCAUUUUUCUUAUUGGUGGUUUUAUUUGUAUUUUUAAGGUGAUAAAAAAGACAUCAGUAUUUAUUUCAAUCUCUUUAAUGAACAGCUAAAAUCUCUUUGCAGGAGCUUUAAAGACACCAGAAAUGCAAGUUGGAAUGCAGCCAGAUGCAAAAUUUGUUUCUGUAACUUAUCAUUUAGGUAUUUCCAACUGAUUCAUAAAUGCAAAAAUCAGUCAUAAGCUAUAACUCAUCAACCUUUCUUAUAGUGCUAAUAUUGUAUGAGCUUUGCAAAAGGUAAUGUAGAACUUUUGGUCAUAUCUUGAAAUUAGCAGAUAUUUGUUUAUAUAUCAUGGACAGUUAUUAAAAACUCAUAAGAGCGAUCUCCUUCAGCAGAGAUCCACUUACUCUUGUAUUUUCUCUUUCCGUUGGACAAAGUGCGGUGUAUUUGACACAGAUACACGUUUAACAAACAAUAAAAACAAGUAUGUGCAAACACACUGCGCUGCUGGCGCCGGAAGAUCUCAGGAAUCCGCCCAGGAGGGACAUACCUUUAAGACUUGUCAGAUACGUAUUGUCAGGUGCGAGUUGAGGCCUGAAGCUUGUACGGUUGCUUAAAUGAUAAUUACUGUAAAUGUUUGAAGAUAAUUGGUGGUAAUUAUUUCAUCAGUUGGGUUUUCUGUGGUUACGCUAACGUCGGUGAUGAGAUAAUAUCAGUCUUUUUGGAGGCCACCUUUACACACCUAAGAGGUAAAGGAGGUUAAUUUAAGAUAAUUUGUCUCCUCACUGCAAAACAAGGCAAAUAUGAAGAUAAAUAUGACCCUAAAAAUUCACCAAAGCGAACAAAAUCAGUGUAUUUGUCUUGACAGAUUUCCUUGCUUCACAAGCAGUAAGUGGUCAGAGCGACUUGUUGUAAAGAUGUCCACACACAGAUGAUUGUUUGUGACUCGAACAGUAGCCUGAACCUGUUGACUCUGUUUAAUCGGGUUUAACAGCCCACUGCUUUCCCUCGGCUCUUUACAGCCCUGGACGACGUAAGACGACAGGCUGUUAUGUGCGCUGUGCGCUGUGCGAGUGUGCCUAACGCGCCGCUUCAAUAAUGGGCCUCUGUGUGCGGGAUGACGAAAAGCUAAAUAAAGUUGUUUAUUUGUGGAGGAAUCUCAUGUGACACAUCGCUUGUGUGUUGAAGUGUUGCACGGCUACAGCAUGAGGCAGGCUUUGCACAUCAGUCAGGUAAAACUGUGCUUUUGCUCAAAGUCUGGGAAUGCUAAAUAAAAAUACACACAUACAGGCAGGUAGAGAGGGGAUAGUACAGUCUUUCUACAAUAUUAAGUUGAUAAAGUUAUGCUACUAUGUGAAAUAUAAAAAAAAAAAAACAGCUGAAAAUAAUGAAAAAUAGUGAUUGAUUGAGGCUCAAUAAAAACUUCAAAUAAGUUUGUUUAACAAAACGGUGAAAGUUAAAAAAUGUGAGUUUUAAGGUCCUUACACGCUGGGAACGACGCAAAUAUACGACACAAAAUUACGAAAUAUACAGAGGCGAAUUUUGACGUGCCUGAUGAUGAGAUGUCUGUCUGUAAAGUAGUACUCUGUUCUCCGACACGUAAAAAAUCAGCCGGUCGGCCAUGUUGGAUAUACUGGUGAAUCUGACGUCGCAACAACACGAAAUCUGAUUGGUCAGAAGUGGACACACAGUUUGCGAAACUUUUGAAAAAUCGACCGUGAUCCGAAAAAAUAAAUGCCACAAUAUCGCAGGACGGGAAAACGUCGCUGAUGUGAACGCUUGCAUUGACAGGAUACAGGUUGGAAAAAAAAUAUUGAGGUCCAAAAUAAUCACACGAAGAAAACGCCCCCGAUGUGUAAGGACCUUUAAAGUUAAAUUCAGAAUCGUACAGAAUGUAUUAAUGCUCAUGGCUGCAUAUGAAAUACUACAGGGUUACCUUGCCAACCAAGCAGAGGCUUAAAAACCAUUGCUAUAAGUAAUGUAUUGAGUAAUGUAUGAUGAUAAUUACAAAGCUUUACAUGUUAUUAUAUACUACCUACAUAUAAAAGGAGGAGGCAAAGGACUCUGUUCAGUAACAAAAGCCAGGAUAAAACAAGACUUAAAAGUAAUUAACCACUUAUUUUGGUGACAGUAAAUGUGCAGGUGGAGCCAAUAAAACCCUUAAGGGCUUGUCGAGGGUUAGCCUUCCUAAAUAAGAACAUUCAGCAUGAAGACAAAUCAUUAAAACAAAAAGUGUUAAAUACAACUGGAGACAAAAUAUGGGUAAAAAGAAAGUUUGAUGUGGAAAUCAGAAACUCCUACGAGAAAAUUUUAUUUUUGACCCCAUAAACAAACCUAUCUCUUCAGUCUGUCAAAAAAAUAUUAUCCUGCAAACUUCUGAAUGUCAAAUAUUUUGUGUAAAUUUGAUAUGAAAAUAUCAAAAAGUGUGUUUCUUCAAUAACUCCACUGACACCUACCCUCUUGCACCUCUUUCAAUUAUAACACAAAAAUCAUCAGUCUUAUCGCUUAUGAUCUUGUUUUUUUUUGUCAUAAAAACGCAUAAAUAAUUAUUUCAGUCUAUUUAUUAACUUUAAAGAACCCUUACAUGAGCUUUAAUUGACCUAGCAGAAACUGUAUCGAUGUCAGAUGUCAUAUAUGUCCCUGUCGUAAAAGCGAGUUAAAGUAGUUUCACCCAUAACUUAGAUGUUUCAUCUUGUUCCCCUCAAGUCCUCGUGUCAACAGAGCUGCUUUGAAUAUUUGUUGAAGACAAACGUUGUACUUGCUGUUUCCUCCAGGCAUCUUGUGAUCCCUCUGUGGUCGGUUGGCUUUUCUGAGGAGUACAAAGUGUUUGUUCCAUUCACUCUUUUCUCCUGAAUCACUCGUAAAGUAGACUCUCCCCUCUCCUUCCCUCUCAGGCCUCCCUGGUAAGAUUGGAGCAACGAUAUCCUCUCAUUUUUAUAUUUAACUUUUACCUGAGGGGGUCAAAUGAGAGGCGUCACAAGUCAUACCGAUCUACAAAUACAACUUUUAAGCAGUAAGGAACAACCUCGGGUAAUUCCUUACAUGUUUACUGUGCUGACAUCUAAGCCAUCACUGUUUACCUCUUAUCAAAGCUACUUAGGCGUUUCUGUUACCAUAAUCUAGCAUGUAAGAAGCGCAUCAAAACAUGAGGACACAGAGUUGUUAGGUAACAGGCAGGACGGUUGGUAGGUUAUGUAGCGUGCGAGGAAAAGUUAGCAUUGACUGUAAUUGCGCAAUGAAAAUCUCAGUUUGAAAAGGAGGAGGAUUAUUUAGGAAAAAGUGGGUCUUAAAGGACUAUAGAGUGAGUACAGGGAGUUUAUGGAGGAAUUUAACUAAGGUUUAAGUGCUUUCCUAAAAGCAAACACCAGGCAUGUUAUGGGAUGUUGUAAAGGCAAAGUAAACAGAUCUAAAGACAGAGAUCGUUGACCUUUCAAAAGAAUCCAUCUCUGAGAAAUGUGAAGCAAUAUUUCAUAAGACAAGGGGACAUUGUACUUGUUCAAAUACUCUAUAUUAAAUCUGGACCAUGCAAGUUUUUUGGCAGAUAUUGGCUUAUUGGGGAUAGAUUGGUAGUGAUGAGUGAAAACACAGCAGGAGAACAAUGCCAGAGUAGAAACAAGAUAGAUUUAUGAUCGUGAACUUAAACUGACUGUGUGGGAGCUUCUGGAUGUGAAGACAACUCAUUUCAUUAUUAACAAUAGAUUCUGACUGAUCAUGACGUGUGUCUGGAGAUUUAAGUCAUGAAAAUAAUUUAGAGUGUAAAUGUUUACCAGCCCCUCUCAAAGGGGAGCAUAUAUAUAAGCAAAGAUGGGAUGUAAUAUAUUUAGAUACCCCUACAAAACACCUGAUUUUAAUCAGAAUCAAAGAAAGAAUACUAUAGGAUAUGAUAUAAUGCUAUACGAUGCAGUUUGAUACCAUAUGAUACCAUGACUUACCAUGCUAUGUGAUACUUUACAAUACUAAAGGAUAUGCUGCAUUACAAUACAAUAUGAUACAACACAAUACAAUAUAACAUGGUAUGAUAUGAUACAAUACGUUAAGACUUAGUACGAUGCGAUGCGAUUCAACAUGGUACGAUACGAUACGACAUAGUUCGAUACGAUACGAUGGGACAUGGUACGAUACGAUACAAUACGACAUGGUAUGAUACCAUAUGAUACAAUACGACAUAGUUCGAUACGAUACGAUGGGACAUGCUACGAUACGAUACAAUACGACAUGGUAUGAUACCAUAUGAUACAAUAUGACAUAGUAUGAUUUAAUGUGAUAUGACAUGGUACGAUAGGAUUUGAUACAAUUUGACAAAGUUCGAUUCGAUACGAUACGAUAUGACAUGGUACGAUACGAAAUGAUACGACUAAGUACAUUUAGAUACUGUAUAACAUGGUAUGAUACGACAAAGUACGAUUCGAUACGAUACGACAUGGUACAAUAUGAUACAAUACGACAUAGUAUGAUAUGAUAUGAUAAGGUUCGAUAUGAUAUGAUGUAGUACGAUUCAAUACGAUACAACGUGGUACGAUAUUAUACGACAUGGUACGAUAUGAUACGACACGACACGACAAAGUACAACCUGCUACAAUAGGACACGGUACAAUACAAUAGGUAACGACACACUUUAUUGCCUCCUUGGGGAAAUUAGUCUCAGAUUAAAGUUCUGGAUAAGUUUGGUUCUGCCUAUUAGAAACAUACAUUUUUUUCACCUCUGUAACUAACCACAUGCUGCAAAGUGCUCUAUUCGUCAUGGAUUAAGAUAUUAUAUGAUUGAAUCCCAAAAUAGGAUGAGACUGGAUCUUUACUGAAGUUGAUCCUCUGUGUAUAAUAAGAGUUUUAUCUAGACCUACUGUCUUUGGAAAGGAUGUUGAAAUAACAUUUGUAGUGUAUAUAAAUUCAGACUGAUUAAUUGAUACUUGUGAGUUUCCAUGUUUAAAAAGUGUUUUUGAUAAACUACAUCUUAGGCAUGAUGAGUUAAACUUUGUUUUUAACAUUUGUCAGUGUGGACUGUGGGUCUGUGAGUGUCCUAUAAGUUCCAUAAAAUCUAAGAGAACCCGAUUAAGGCUACAUUUCCAUGUAUUUCUUAAUUAUCUUUUGAUCUUCUGUGUCAGUGGAGCUUUUAAAAUAUGUUUAGUUUAAUAAGAGCAUCUACUCCAGAUGGGAAAAGUCUCUUUUAAAGGCCUCUUUUCACCAUUGACGCACACCAGAGAUAGUGUAAUCCUGCAUCUAGGUCUCUCUACUCGUGCUGGUAAUUAGCCGGGCGCCACCAGUCAGGAGGUCAACUUGUCCGAGUGAGAGCAGCAGUCAGAGGCUGGUUUGAGUCCUCAAUCCUGAUGAGAUUAAUGGCUCACCUCCCUCUGGCCACUCCAUUUACAGAACAUGUCAGGUUUUCCUUGGACAGAGCACAGUGCCGCCUCAGUCCUCAUCCGCUCACAUCUAAAUGCAACACUGUACCGGAGUGAGAGGCUACGUGCAUGUUUAGAAAAACGUGACUGUCACUCAAAUCCAAAGAGUCAGUGUAAGAGGUGUGAGGUCAGACUGCUUUAUUUUCUCCCUCUCCGCUUUUGACCUCAAUCCCGAAUCUCGGCGGGUUCAUCCUCACCGCCUCGGAGGGACAGGAGUUUGGUUAUGCUGCGGACGUGCAGGUCUUCUCCUGCCUUCCCUGUUAUUAAAGGACUCUGUGAACCCCGGCCUGUAUCUUCAGGGCUCUUCUGUUAGCGUCUGGAGAGCAGUUAUGGCCUGUUAACAGCACUUUCAAAAAGAGGUUAAUGUCAGGAAGAAGAGGGAAGACCUCGACCUUUAGAGUCCUGAAAGGGUUCAGACGGAGGUCAGAAUAAGCAUACAGGUGAAUCUGAUAUUUUCACCACUUUUUUAGAUAUCAUGGCACAGUCUCUGUCUUUUUUAAUCCCAUAAGGAAAAGCUUCUCUUGAUGUUUUAUGCCGGUUUAAACUUCCCCAUGUUGUUCAGAUAGAUUUAUAUCCUGCUGUCUUAAACAUGUCAAAGAAAACAGAGAUAAGAGUUAACUGGAGCAAAAGUUGCUUCCUUGUUUUGCCACGUUUCUUAUCUGGAACCAGCUGAGGUUAGAUUUUUUGUUUUCUAUUUUACUUAUAAUAAGUCUGAUUAUAGUUUCCUGUCCUGUAGUCUUUAAAAAUUUUUUGCCACCAACUGUUGAAAACGGAUAAAUGAGGCUCAAUGUUGUUCCUUAAUCCUAACCCGGAACGGACACUGUAGUUUAUUUUUGAGUUAAUUACAUUAGGUCGUUAAUCACUACAUCACACAAUGUUUAAUCCAUGGGUGUGAUCCCUGUUAAUGCACUUCUGGUUACCAGUUACAUAACCUGCAUUGGCCACAAAAUUAGAAGGUCAGAUUUUGGACUCCAAUUUUAGUGGAAUCAAGUCAGGUGAAGGGGUUAACUUAGUGUUCGACUUAUUAGUUUCUCAGUAGCCAAGCUAAUUAGCUAUAUUAGGACAGCUAAUUGGCCGAUAUCACAUUGAUGAUUUGUCAUAGGGGGAAAUACAACAAUUUCGUGAUACUGGAAAAUGAGGAAUAAAGUUGCUGAACAUAAUAGAACAUUUGAUUAAAUAAUUACAGGCGGAAAAAUACUCUGCUAAGAAACAUCAUUCCACAAAGAAAGUUUGGAUGUCUGUGCUGCCAUCUUAAGUUACUAAAAAAGGAAUAAUAAUCAAGCUAAUUUUUUUAAAUUAAAAUCUAAAAAAGUUGGAAUAAAUCCAUUAUUUCAUGCACAUUAAAAUCGUAGCCUUAGCCUUUAAAAUAGAUUCACGAAGGGUGAGGCCAAAAGGAUGCUGGUUACUAAACGAUGCUAUUGAUAGACCGGAUUAAUCCGUAUAUGUUUAGUUAAGUCCAAAGUGUUGAAGUGCUUCAGUGCUGCUGUAUUACUCAUGAUUGGAGUAAAUUGCACAUUUGCCUCAGGCCUGUUCGUUGAAAGCGUCAGUGUAAUUGCAGACAACUUGCAUUAACAGACAUGUUUAUACACGCUCUGUUGUGCAAGGAUGGCAUACAUACGUAGAUGUGUUUAAGUUAGGGCUAGGCGAUAAGACAAUAAAAAUUAAUUUCCCUCAAUAUCAAUAUAAAACAUGGUCAAUUUGCUUUUCAAUUUGCAUUCUGCCAUGUUUUGGUAGACUACACGAAUAGCCAAUUAUCAUGAAUGAAUGAAUAAUUAACACAAAGACCUCACAGAUGCAGUAGCUUAUUGUAUUGCAAAAGACAUGCUACCAAUAAGCACUGUUAAAUUUCAUUUAUUAGUAACAGGGAACAUUUAGAGAUUGACAUGAUUUUCUUAUAUCCCGAUUUACAUGGAUAUCGACUGAUAUAAAAGAAAAAUAUUGUGAUAAACUUUUUCCCAUAUCGCCCAGCCCUAGUCUAUGUAUACAUGUGUGCACAUGAUGAUGGGAAGGUGAAGUCACUUGUGUGGUUUGAGACACGCCCUUGAAGUUUGCAAAGUUGUAGCAGCUUGUUCAGGAGCCGGAUGCUGUAUUCUUACAUUUCUGUGCUCUUAUUUCAUAUUUCAUUGCCUGGUCCCCUUAUCUUCUCUGCUUUUAUUUCUGCAGCACUUUAAGUGAAGCUCUUUUUGACUCAUGCCUGUUCAAGUACUCUCUAAAUAGAUUCAAAGCUCCCCCAUUGACCGAGAACUACCUUAUAUCUUUGCUGAUUUGUCCUGUGCAUACCCAAAAAAUCUCCUUUUGCUGCCUCGUAUAGUCAGAAAAUAUUACUUGUUGUGUGUUUUUGAAUCAAUCAUAUGAAUAAAGACUUUGUCAGUCUUGUUCCAAAUAUUUCUUUUGCUUUUAGGUCAUUAUGAAGGAGCUUUAUGUAACUUAUAAUCUAAUAUCCGAAGUCAACUUUUCUGCAUCUUGAGGAAUCCAUUUAUAAUGAACCAUUUUAGCCUUUUUCUCAUAGUUAUUUUAAAGAUAAAUGCAAACAUUUUGGACCUGAACCUGAAAAGCAUACUUCUCACCCUCAAGCACACAUCCCUGCAGGCUAUAAGCAGAAUGACUGCAUCCAUUUUUUCACUUGGCCUACUUUUACGACCUGUCGAUACUGCGGCCUGUCAGAUUCCUGCUUUGACUGACUGUAUCAGUCUGAGAGUAACAUCAGGACAAACUGCUUACUACCUGCGUUGGUGCAAAUGUUGGCUGACAUGCCGUGUUCAUGUCCCGGUUGUCAUAAUAAAGGCGCUGACAGGGACUUCUUAAUACCAGCGGCUCUUCUCCCGUCAACACUGCUUAUGUAACUCCACUUAUGUGGCUCCAAGCCAAGGUAUUUCCAACUUCAGCGAUUGCAGACCCCCCAACCCAACACACACGUAUGUAUGUACUCACCUCCCGGGAGCUAAGAAUAAAACAUCCAGCUGGAAGAGACGUCGGGAUUGGAAAACUUUUAGCACAGGCUCCUUAACACACCUUUGAAUCCAAAGUGUUUUUAUGAACACCCCACUUGACUUUUGAAAUGGAGAUGGUUUGUUUUUACGGCUCCCCCCUGCAUUGCCCUCUCCAGUGUUAUGUAAUGUUUUCUAGCCUUGUUUUUUUUUUUAAAGAGGAGAGGUAGAGGCUUAUAAAUGUAGUCAAAUAUCCCAUGGAAAAGACAGAUAAAAGCCCCGCACUGCUGUCAACAGAGGAUUCCUCUGUUGGAGAUGCCUAGAGGGCCUCUAACCAAAGAUGGAUAUCGUUGAGGCAAAAUAAAACCAGCUGGAGUUAUCUGCAAAAGCUGAAAAAAACAAUGACUGUUAGAGUUUUACUGUUGGCUGUCAUGAUACAAAGUAUGAUUGGUUUUAUUCCCGUUAUUAGCCGCAGCUUAAAUGCUUGUUUUUAUUGGCGGGAGGCUUUAUUUCGUUAUCCAGGAAUUAGCCAGCACCAAAGCGUUGCCAUCAGAUGACAGCAUUGAGAGUUAAACAGCUCAUUUGUUCUUCCUGACUUCAUUUUCUGCUCUUUUGACAUUUUAGACAAACAUCCUCUUUAUUUCAGGUUGAAUCGGAGACAGGUUUUGCUGAGUCAUGAUUAAAUAAUCGCACAUUAUCAGCCCACGUUCUGUAAACAGUGUGGUUCAGAGUUGCCACGGGAGAAGCACGGCUCUUCCAGGAGUUCCUCUGAAGUAGCCAACAUCUGUUUUUUUUUUUUGCGUUUUACUAUUUUGCAACAGUGCCACGCGGCGAUGCCAAGCUCUAGUAAAUCCUGUAGUUUUUGGAAAAGCUGACACCUCCAAGAAACUCGGCUGCAUAACACUGUUACAACAUGAUUCGCCGACUCUGUGCAGGCAAACAGGGCAUCUGUCCGCAGGAGACGGAGCUCACGUCUCAGGGGUCUGGUGUUGUCGCUCUUAGAUACACAAAUAUGCAGAUGCAUCAACCCAUAAACCCAGUGACUCAUUCACCCCGGCUCAUGCUCAAACGUCUCACACACUCCGACAUUCAGGACAUAAUCUGGGUCAGGUAGCGAGGGAUAUUAAGGAUAAGGCGAUCUCAUCAUCUGUAAUUCACCUUCUUUGAGGUCAUUAAACUAAAUUGAGUGUUGAAAGCGCACAUUAGAUAAAAAUUAACCAGAUUCAUAGCAUGAAUGAACAUUUGAGUGAUCUAAUCUUCUUUUUUAUAGCUCUAAUGACAGCUUCAGUGUUAUUGAGUAAUUACUCUUAACCAACUGGCAUCAGAAAAUGAUCCUGGCGUUUGUGAAGAAUUUGGCAGUUCUCAGUAGAUAAACCCAAACAGAGUUGUAUGAAGGACGCAGAAAUACCCAACACAGUGUGCCAACAACAACUGGACACCUAAGAGAGAGAGAGAGAGAGGCCAGAAAAUGAUAUCCCUUAAAUUUAAAGCUCCUGUGGAGAGUUUUUAGCUCUUUAUAAAAACAGACAGAGAAAAUAAGCAAAUCAUUUUCUGUAGAUGCUGUCAUCUCACAUCGCCAUGUUUCUAUGGCAACACAGAACAGACAAACACAUGUGUUUUUGAAGGUGGUGAGCAAGGCUGUGCACGGUGUAUCCCUAAUUAAUCCACUUUCUGUACCUGUAAUCUGUUUUCCUGCGUGACAAUAUCAAUUGUUCAGCGGGGUCAACAAUGCACAGUUUCCGUGCGGCUGUGUAGCUUCCUUCUAGUGCCAUCUGUUUUCACCACAAACAGUCUGCAGCCAUGCUUACGGCUGGUGCGCAAGCAGUGCUCAGCCAAUGAGAGCGCUGAAAGCUGUGAGGCGUAGCGACAUUCCUACCACCUGCAACCAAUUAGCUUAGAGUUGCACCACACACCUCUGCUGGUGUCUUGUCAAAAACUGAGGGUUCCUUUGAAAUAAAACAGCACUACACAGGAUUUACCUACUGAAUAGUAUAUACAUGUUUUCUGAAAGAGUAUGUUUAGGAUAAUUUUUUUAUAUUUAUUCAGGGAAUAAAGUCAAAUUCUGAAUCAAAAAGUCCAAACUCUGAUUUUUAAAAAAAGUCUAGAUUCUGAUAAAAAAAAGUCUAAAUUCUGAUUUUAAAAAGUCUAAAUUCUGAUAAAAAAAAGGUAAAAUUCUGAUAAAAAAUAUUUUAAUUUCUGAUUUUAAAAAAAGUCAAAAUUCUGAUGAAAAAGUCCAGAUUCUGUUUGAUAAAAAGUCCAAAUUCUGAUUUUGAAAAGUCUCAAUUCUGAUUCAAAAAAAGAUCAAAACUUUGAUUUAAAAAACUCCAAAUUCUGAUAAAAAGGUUUAAAUUUUGAUUAAAAUAAGUCAAAAUACUGAUAAAAAAGGUCCAAAUUUUGUUUUAAAAAGUUCAAAUUCUGAUUUUAAAAAAUUCCAAAAUUAUGAUAAAAAUCUCAAAAUUCUGUUUAAUAAAAAGUCCAAAUUAUGAUUAAUAAAAGGUCCAAAUUCUAAAAAUAUUAUCCUUACUAGUUUAAUAAAGCAAUCAUAAAUAUCACUCAAACUGUUUUUGACCCAGCAUAUGUGGCUCAAGUUGCCCAGAGCGACUUUGGCAGCAUUUUCCCAUGUUUCAGACGACCUAUCUGUCCGUGCACUUAACCUGUGAUGUUUAAAAAUUGGUUUAAAAACCAUUAAGGCUUUCUGACAGAAGUCUUACAUAUGAGGAAUAAACUGCAGCUUGUGUUCACAUCUUAAACCGAUCACUAUCGACCUUAAAGAAAACCACUUAGUCAAAAGUGGCCUCUGUGUCUUGCUUGUGACCAAGGGCCUCAUGUUGGAGUCACUGGUGUGAUGUGACAGCUGACUGACGCAUGUAAAAAGGGGCCCUGCUUCCAAGGACCUCAGACAGUGCAGGGCUGUAAAACAGUCUGCCUCAUGCAUGGAGCAGCAGCAGCAGCAGCAGCUCCUCACUGGCUGACGCUCAGAGGAAAAGAGCCAGGAGGAAAGUGAGAGCUGAGAGCAGCGGUCAAGCUGAUUGUAAGCAUAAACAUAUGCAAAGCUUUUUUUCCCAGAAUUCUGCCUCAAUGCAGGAUUCAUGGUCCUGGUCCUGGAGUUUUCCACCCACCACAGGCAGAGUUACCCCAACGGCGCCUAAAUUGGGCCAUUCAUCCUGGAGGAAGCACAAAAAUGUCUUUGUUCAUCCAGCGUGAUGCCAGUGUUUGACACGGAUUUUCGGAAACCUCCUCCAUCGGUUUGUAAAGUCAGAGACCCCUCGCGUAGGAAAGUACAUGCGAUUAUGUAAUCCCCGGGGUCGCCUCGACGCAUGGAGCUGUGGUUUCCUGCAGCGAGCUCGUUAGAAACUGCGAUUUAUCAAAUUUGGCCUGUUUUCUUGUGUUUAUUGCUACUUACUUACAUAACCAAACACAUGCAUACACACACGCACAUGCACAUACAUAAACAUAACCUUGACCGAACCAGAGCUCUAUAACUCAACUGUCAACACCGCCCCGUGUCCAUGGUUGACAAAACAAUCAGACCUCAUGGUCCGUUUAGUCACACAAUAUUCAAUCAUAUGACCUUUAUUAGUCGUCAUUAAAUUACAGACAAUAAAAUGUUAAUAAGAUUUAUCAUUCCUUUGACUAAAAGUUUGACGUAAACAAACUGGUCUCACCUCAUUUUUCAGUUAUUGGCGUCUCUGUUAUUGGUAACGGUUUUUAUGAGAUGUUGCUGAUUGAUCAAGAGUCAGUCCUGCAAUGAACUUAAAAUCUAAUAAAACAGCUCAAUGGUCUUCAAAAAAAGUAAAUACAUUCAACAAAACAAAAAAAGACCCCUGCUGAGGAGUAAGUGGCCAACAUAAUAUGGACAGGAUGUGGAGCUGACUGAAGUGAAAUCAGAUAGCUUGUCCGAUUAUCAGGAUCAUCUACUUCCCUCUGAGGACCGACAGAGUCUCAUGUUUCCUUUUAAUGCUACAAAGUGAAGGAGGUUCAUCCUCUCAUGAUGAGGUAACAGGAUUACUACAGAAAUGAAUACAAAAGGAGUCUGGGUUUGCUUAGAGUCGAACCUCCUCACUUGUAAUAAAGCUAAACUAUGAUCGUAACAUAGAAGACGACGUAUAGAUCUCACGACUAACUUGAUUUUCUUUUCGCAGACUCGUAAGCUGACCAAAGCAGAGCGGCAGCGUUUCAGCGAAGAGGUAGAGAUGCUGAAGGGCCUGCAGCACCCCAACAUCGUCCGUUUCCACGACUCGUGGAAGUCGACGGUGAAGGGCCACAAGUGUAUUAUCCUGGUGACUGAACUCAUGACGUCGGGCACGCUCAAAACGUGAGUCUCAUUUUGAAUUAGCACUUUCCUCUUCUAGUUGUUUUCUUUCUAAAAUAUAUAUCUGUGAUGUUUUAUAAUUGUACAAUUUAAAUUCUUAUCUCAUUUAUGGACUUUUUCAGUUCUCAGUGACUUGUCUACAUAUGUAUUUCUCUUAACGUCCAGUAGUUCAUUAAAUUUAUUCUAAACUUAUUAUUUUUACUUUUUAUUUCUCAACAUCUUAUAUAUUUCAAGAUCUAUAAAACCCGAAUUCCAGCACUUUUUUUAUGAUUAUUAUUUUUGUUUUAGCUCCAGAAUUUCUUAUUUAAGCACAGUAAUAAGAAUAUCCAGCAGUAGACAGGGAAGGGGGGUGUUUGUGAUGUGCAUCCUUUGUAUAAUCUGUAUAAAACUAAUAAAAAUAUUGUUAAGUAGAAAAAAAUUAACCUCCUCACUUUUGAAGAAGACUGUUGUUGUGUCUAUUUCUUUGUGUAAAAAGGCAUCAUAGGCAGACAUUUGUUUCCUGUGUGACAAAUAUGAUAAAUGUCGUCGAAUAAAACCAGAGACUACUUUGGAUACAGUCCUCGUUUUUAAGACUUCCUUUCGGCUGUCGAAAUAAGAGAUUCAUUGUUUCACAGCACUCUCUCUUCUCCCACUACCUUUAUGCGUUUCGAGUGUGUUACGCAACUCCGAUCUCUUUGUUUAGAUACUUGAAGAGGUUCAAGGAGAUGAAGCUGAAGCUGCUGCAGCGCUGGAGCCGUCAGAUCCUGAAGGGGCUUCACUUCCUGCAUACGCGCACACCUCCCAUCAUCCACCGGGACCUCAAGUGUGACAAUAUCUUCAUCACCGGCCCCACUGGCUCGGUCAAGAUCGGUGAUCUGGGGCUGGCCACUCUCAAAAGUGCCUCUUUUGCUAAAAGUGUCAUUGGUAAGUGUACACAUCCACUAAUUGCCUCUGUAUCACAUUUAGGCUCCAGUCCAGAUGUUUAUAACCUUAUAAGAGCUCUUUGAACUCACGCACAAGCGACCACAGUUUGAAUUCCAGCUUGUAAUCUUAAAUGCGUCAUGAUUACUCAAAUGGCUUUUAAUUUCAGAGCGAACGUGUGCGACUCGUACAGGGAGUGUCAGCCACCAGACGCAGAAAUAAGACUUGUUGUGACUUGAUUCUUGCGUAUCAUUUCCAAUAGAUCUGAUUUUCAGGUCCAAACCAAACACUGUGUUUGAGUCACUCAUGAAUAAAGCUGUGUUACACUCAAUGAUCAAGAAAAAUAUUUUAUUUAAUAGAUAUUUAUCUACCUUAGCCUAAGUUUUUAUUACCUUUCCUGUUCUCAGUGGUUUGUUCUUCAAAUCACGUUCAGUACCAGGCACUAAAACAUGCGCAAAAACGUCGUUUUACAGUCAUUAACUUUUAUUAGUGUUCCCACAAAACUACUUGUAAUAAAGUGAUUUCUGAUUAAACUUUAAUGAGCUAUCCCUGCAGAAAAAACCUUUUUUUAAAGCUGUACCCAGUGACAUUAAAGAUUACCUCAGGGGAUUUGUGCAGACCAAAACAAAUCCAGAAAGAGGUGUAAAAAUUGGACUUAAUAUCAGGUGAUCACCAACGUCGGAUUUGUCCCAAAGCCACUGUUGUCUAACACGCUUACAACAUCAAUAACAUACAAGAUAUCCAUAUGAAAUGUGACAGUAUUGUGUUCACAGCUAAUUUUGAGACCCUCAAGACAACAAAAUAUCAACAAAUGCAUGUAUAAUAAAAUAAUAAGCAUUAAAUUUAAAAUGUAUGUUUUACAGUUGAUGUUGUCUUAGAUGUUUUCAAUGUUUAAAUGCAGACAUGUCGUCACCAUUUCUGUAAAUGUGACUUCCUUCUGAGUCAUACCAGACAGCUCUUUACUGGCUUUUUAAUAAUGACGACAACUCUUGUGGUUUUGAGAUACUUUGCAGUUUCAUCAAACUGUUUUCUUGACAGAGGUCUACAGUAAUAACACCUGCAAUAAAACAUAAAAUAUAUGUGAAAAGAUUUUUUAAAUUUUAAUAGUAGUUUAAGAAAGUUUAAUGUUUCAAGCUGAUAGAUCUAUUAUUUUGUAAAAUUAGGGCCUGUGUCCACUGACAGCGUUUUUUUCCCCUAUGACUUACACCAAAUCAAUGCAGUGUGGUGCUUUUGUUGCACAAUCACCCCCCUGUGUCAGCUGUAUUUUUGUUUUUGGUGUGCUAACAGCACUCUAAUUCAGAUAUUGUUUAAUUUUUUUAAACAUUACUGUGGUGAUGAUGUCACUUCCCCAUCACUGGCCAAUCGAAAUCCAGAAGGUAUCAACUUUGUCAACACCAGUACUGGAGGUCUGUUUAGAGGGGUAACUCGGAGUAACGCCGUGUUGGCCUUUUGCAACAGUUGGCAUUGAUAAUUGAGAAUGCAAGUGCAAAAAAAAGAUGCUGUUGGUGGACACAGGCCCUUAGCUGUCGUACAAACUACAUUUCUGUCCAUGAAGAAUGAGUUAGAUUUGUAACCGUCUUUUUCUGGUUCAUUAGUUGGGAAAAAAAAGAGUUUGACCAACAUCUUCUGCCCUCUCACAGGAACGCCAGAGUUCAUGGCCCCGGAGAUGUACGAGGAGAAGUACGACGAGGCGGUGGACGUCUACGCCUUUGGAAUGUGCAUCCUGGAGAUGGCCACCUCUGAGUACCCAUACUCCGAGUGCCAAAACGCCGCCCAGAUCUACCGCAAAGUCACCAGCGUGAGUAAAGAAGGGAGGAAGACCCUGCGUUUAACGUAAUUGUCAACAUGUGUUCGCUUUCCUCCAUGUGGACUCUGAAAUGAAGAUCAUACAUAGGGGCCAGGAUGUCUUCUGUAUAGGUCUGGAUUUCCUCAACCUUUGGAAAAUUGGGGGUUCAGGAAUGAAAGCCACAGUUUGUCUAUUAAAGGCUUAGUUUGGUCAUGGGUGUAGAGCUGCACCAUAAUCUGACCACUGCUCUGUUUCAGCCCAGAAUCAUGAUGUAAUUUUCACUGAUUACCAGUGUGCUUAGCAGUUUCAAGAUCCUGUUCCUGGUGAUGUUUACCGCUGCGCUUCCCCCUCCAUAGGAUAGAGCAUGAGUGGAAAACUUACAUAACAUGCUGCCUGCACGAAAAAAAAGUAUAUUUUUUCUCGCAUUUGAAGAUAUCUGUCAAAAGAUGGAAGCUUUCGUUCCCAGGCUGCAGAUGUCAGAUCAGAAAAAAGUUGACUUUCUCAGAGCAACAGACUAGAAGUUGCGGUGCGAGUUUUUCUACGUCCAAAGCAUUACAACAGAGGCUUUAGGCUUCUGUAUUUCAAGCUGUUCAAGGGUGCCAAGUACAGCGAUGACGCCUCGGUGGGCUCGAGGAGGCGAUGCUAGAAUUAUAUGUUUUGGAAACUUUAGCCUCAGUCUGCAGCUCCACAAAGAAGCCGUUUCUUUCUGGCCUCUCACAUAUUCAAAGCAAACAGAGUCCGACGGCGGCUGGAAAGUGAGAAAGCGACAAUGCCAACAUGUCGGAGCGGGUCUGGCCCCUCCACAAACAGGACGACACAAUAAUGUUCCAUGCGCAGUCGGAAAACUCACCCAUGAUGCAACAUGUUUUAAUUAAAGUCAUAUUAGCUGUGCCUUUCAGGAUUUGUUUGUGUUCGACGACGUUUAUGUGAAGCACAGACGACGCCUUUCCAUUUAUGCGAGGCAGUUUAAUCUUUUACGACAUCAACUCAAACCUAUAAACUUUAUGUAACUUUUAACAAAUAUGACUGACUUUUAUGUGAAGUCAUCUGCUAUUUAAGGUAGUGGAGUGAGAGCUGCAGCUCGACAUGUGAAAGCCAUGACACGCACAAAUGUUGCUCUUGGACAUAUUUCCAUGUAGGAGGUAUUAAGAGAUUUUCCUUGGCUUCUUUUACAGUUUACCUUUCUUUCAUAUCAAAUAACUAGACUGACACAUGAGUAAAUGUCAUUUUUUUCUGAUGUAAAAUGCUGACUCAUUUUUGCUACAUGGUCAAAAGCAUGUGGACAAAGUAACUCUGUACAAAGAAGGAAAAGUUGAGCAUCUAAUUACAAGAUCAUUUGCAUAAAUCUGCAGCCUUGACCCCUUUUCUUUCAGACUCUCCACGAGGAAAGCCCUACACUGUCUUAUUUAAUAAUUCGUCAGGCAUUAACAUCAUUGUUUAGAGAUCAUUAAGCGGAUAGAAAUGUGCCAGGCUGGACUAAGUCUAGAGGACAUCAGCUUAUCUCUCGGGAUUUUAUCUUGACCUCGGUCACCACAGGAAAAGAGCCGAGUCACAAAUUAGAUUUGGAUUUAGGGAAACUUGAUUUACUGUGAAGGUGCGUGUGAGGACAGCGAAGUGAACUGCUUUGACCAGGACACAUUUGCGCUCCUCCUCAGAUCCUCUCAGUCACUUUUUUACAGAUACCAUCACUGCAUUUGAACCAUUCCCAAGUAGUGAAGGCACAAACUGUUAUUUUGAUCAUGAGAAGUGAUAGUUAUGUAAGAGUGAAUCAAUAGUUUUGAGCUUCAGUUUCAUGGUUAAGACUUUUUUUUACAAAUGUUAAUGGGAGACUGUAUCAUCUUUAUGACGGUAAGAACUUAUAAACACAUAAUUUCACCUUUUUGUUAUAAGUAAUGCCAGAAAAUAACAUAAUUUAAACUAUUUUUAAAUCUCAUAUUAUGACUACCCACCUCACAACAACACUUUCUCUCAUUUCUUUGUCUGUUUAAUCUUAAAAUAUUAUUUUCUCUUUUAAAAUUAUGACUUAAAAUCGCUUAAUCUGAACUUUCUCAUAACUUUAACUUUUCAUUGACUGAUUUGUACUUUUCAGCAUAAAUUCUGCUUAAGUAACCAUCUCAUUAAUAUGUCUAACUAUCGAUUCUUUAUUUUAAUCUCAUAAAAAUUAACUUUUUGUUUUACAAUUUCACUUUUUUCUCUAAAAGCGUUGACUUAUAGUUUGUCUGUUUACCUAAAAAAAAAAACUUUUUUAGCCUCUGUUUGGAUGUUUUAUCUCAAAGAAUGCAUCAUAAUCAACAACCUUGGCUGUUUGUCUCCGAAUUAUGACUAAUUAUUAUAUAAACAUAUCUAUCCUAUAAUUUGGACUAUUUAACUUCAAAUGUUGGCUUUUUAUCUCAUAAUUAAGACCUAGGACAAGUCAUAACCUCAGUUUUUAUAUCAUGAUCCUGAGUUUUUCAUUAUUUUGUCUUUUUUAUUAUCCAGGCUUUUACUUUUCAUUUCACAUUUUUUGGACUUUUCAUCUCAAAUUUAUAACAUUUUAUCUAAUUUCUGCUGUUUUAGUCCCAUAUUUAUGAUUCACUUUCUCAUAAUUUAAAGCUCCUGUGAGGAUAUUUUUUGUUUAUGUUAAACACUACAAUUUAUUUUGAUUUAUUUCAUGAUAUCCAAGAGAAAACAAAACCAUCAGUUAGAAGACUGACAGUGUUUAUAUUGUAAUUUUUAGUGCCGUAGAGGGUAGAUAUCAGCCGAGCAGCUAAAGAAACAGAUCUGUCUUUUACAUUUCAACAUGAAAUAUUCUAAGGAAUUUAUGAAUUCGACUGUCAAAAGUUGUUUUUUAAACAAAUGUCAUUACUUAAGCAUGUAGAGGUCAAUAUAAGCAAAAACUGUUUUUGUGCCAAAACCGAUAUAGAGCUAAAGUUCCUCACAGGAGCUUUAAAUCUCAUACUGUAAUCUUUAUAUUUAUCUCAUGACUUUUUGACAUUUGUUUCAUGAUAAUAUUUCAACUUUCAUUUUUAGUGCUCCUUUUUUUUUUACCUUCUUGUUGAAAAAGAAGUCCUUUGUGAUGACAUAAAGCACAGGUAUUUAAGCGAUUACAUAACACCUUGUGUGCAAUUUCCCAAGACUGUAAAACCUCUCACAGCUCUGCCGUGUCAUUUACAGAAAGGCAAGAGCAAAGGAUUUGUGGUCAAAACAAAUACAACAGGUACUGUUUGACAUGUCAGACUGAUAACAGAGGGAAGCCCUUUUCUGGCACAUCUUCAUAUUUGGGUGUUUUGACCUCACGUCAGCUGGUUUCUCAGGUAUCUGUGGGCCAAACAUCGCUCUGGCCUUGCUUCUUCGCUGUCUUAUCAGUGUUUUGACAGAGACGGAAGCUCAGCGGUGAUCUGUGUUCGCUCCCGUGUAAACCCUUUAAAAGACUCCCUCAUUUCUGUAGGCCAGCUGUCCCGUCAGGGUGUUUUCUGUUUUGAGGUAAACUGAGCAAAGAAGCUCCAGCUGUCAGGAGUUGAAGGAUCGGCAUGUUGGUUUAUUUCCACCUUUGCGAGCUCUUUGGUUUUGUUCUCUCCUGGUGUUGACAUGACGGCAGAGCAGAAUGUCAUGCUGGCUGGUGGCAGAUGUCACAAAGAGGAGGAUUACAUGAACAUUCAGAGCAGCUGGGAGUGACUUCUGUAGGAUAAGGAGGAGAUCAUUGCUGCUGAUUACUUAUGCUGCUCAGAUCCUGUCUGCUGGUGCUUUGUGCUUCAGUGUAAAACCCUAAAACCUCAUGAAACAUCAUUUUUUUUGUUUGUUUGUUUUCGCAGGGGAUCAAACCUGACAGUUUCUACAAAGUCAAAGUCCCAGAGCUGAAGGAGAUCAUCGAAGGCUGCAUCCGUAUGAACAACGAUGAAAGGUGAACACCGUUAACAACAAAAAUAAAAAUAAUAACCCCAAGCUUAAUGCACAUAUGAUCUCAAAAAGUGCACAAACAGCAUUAUUUUCCUCUUUUUUCCCCUCAUUUUAAAUCUGACUAAAAACUUCUACUUGUACUUUCACACAUUUAAUCCCAAUCCCAAAAAUAUUUUGCUAAAAAACACUCCAAUCUCUACAGUAGCCUGAAUGUGCAAUUUUCCGUCCUGCAGGUACACUAUCCAGGACCUCCUGGACCACCCCUUCUUCCAGGAGAACAACGGCGUCCACGUGGAGCUGGCCGAGGAGGACGAUAUGGUGAAGCCGGGCCUGAAACUCUGGCUUCGAAUGGACGACACCAAGAAGCUCCACGGGAAGUACAAGGACAACAACGCCAUCGAGUUCCUGUUCGAGCUCUACAAAGACGUACCCGAGGAGGUGUCUCAGGAGAUGGUAGGCGAACACAUGAAGAUAGUCGAUCUUUACGACUUUAUGGGCAGCCAUUAGUGGAGAAAUUAAAAAAUUGAUCUAAGAUCCAGAGAUUGAUGGUUAUCUGUGUGCUCAGCUUGAUUAAUGAUGAUGGUUUUUAAUGGUUUUCUGGGGGAGAGCUGACUGAAUAUGCUCUCAAACAGCUUAUUUCUUCUCAAAAAGGUGCUGUGGAGAAAAUUCAACAAGGUUUGAAUUGAGACGCAGCCUUUAAAGACUCGUUUAAACUGUUAAAUCAGGAGGGUGACAUUAUUUGUGAGAUGAAAAUCCCUCUUUGAGUUAUUUGUCCUUUGACCUUUGACUCCAAACAGCGAAAGCAACCUCACUAAUGUACCCACACAUCAUUAUGCAUCGUUUUACUGUCCUGUUACCACGGCCGCCAAGUGAACGCCUUGCAGAGCGUGUCAAGGGCACGGCUCAACAUUUAAUCAUCAGCCGUUCGAAAUGUGAGAGCGUGUCUCAGGAAGCAGCCGGGGUCACGUCUUUAAUAAUAUAAUGGCCCUCUUGCUUGUUACGAAACAGCCCCUCCUGUCCUCCACAGCCGGCUCCACAGAGGUCACUUUUAAUGAAAAUGCGAGCCACAAUUCCUUGCUUGUUUACCUCUUUGUGGUAGUUUUCAUCAAGAUCAAAUUUGGUAUCAGCGGGGGACAUCUAGUCCGGCUGAUCUGCUGUAACUCGACUACGUGUUGAGAGCCAGGCCAGGACUGAGUGUCCCACUUUGCUGGACCGGGUGUCACAAGAGGGUGGCGGAAGAAUGCGCUCAGUGUGCUUGAAUUUUACGAAUAACAUGUUUGCGUUGAUACAAAGUGGCAAACUCCAAUGUUGAAAACAGGAGCCACCGUUAGAGCAAGAGAAACUGCAGUUCUUCAAGUGUCCACUAGAGGCUGGUUCUAAAUGCAUGUCAAUCCCUAUUAAACCUCAUUUCAAAAAGUCUGUUUUACCAGCUGAGUCAAACUUCUUUACAGGCUCAUACCUCUAAUCAGUCCCGAUGGGGGAUUGAAUAUUUUUAAUGACUUAUCCAUUAAACUAAACUCCGUACACCAUAACACGCUGGAGGUUUGCCGAAUACAUUAAUUAAAAAUGCGUAUAUCUGAGGGAACGUAGCAACUCAUUGUCAAACUCAUGAACAAGAACGACCCAAGAAUUUCUCUCCAUGAUCCUCAAAUUCACAUGACUCUACGCCAAACGCUGUUACCAUGCUCCACUUGCAGUCAAACAGGAAGUCGUUUUUUUUUUUUAAAGGGGUUAAAUUAUUGUUAGUCACCAAAUGUGGCAUACAGUCACCAGUGGAGGCUUGAAACAUUUGAUGUAGGUGUAGUAGGUGGGCGUGGCUUUAACACUCUAUUUGCUAGUUCCACAAAUUGAGUGUUAAAGACACCACACCCUGAUUUUCUUAGAGAGAUGUGCUUUCAUAGGCUUAUGCAUCAUGUCUACACAUAUUUAACAGUCUUUACAGCAACCCAAUACUUGCCCCAAUCCAAACCUAAACAAUUUAAUAUUUUUGUUUUUUUUCCCCUGAGCCCUCUUAUUUCCAAGGACAUGAAAACCAUCUUUUCUCUAUAAAGCAGAUUUUUCCCUAUGAAGCCUAAUCGGGUUAAAAGCCACAUCAUUUUCCUCCAACAAAUAAUAGUCAUCUUUAAGUUUUCAAAAAUGUUUAUUUUCUUCCCCAAAUUUAAUAGUAAAACAUUCUCAAAUUGAAUUUUCGUGUUAGGGCUCAGAACAGAAGCUUUCAUACAUGGCCUGACAUGCACCUCCUCAUAAAUGUAACCACGAGUCAAACCAAAGCAGACUGCAGGCCUGCCAGUGAUUGGUCCAUUCAGUAGCAUCUUGUUUCCUGCAGUCGUAACACUUCCAGUACCCCCGCCUACAUCGCUUCAGCUGCCAAACAUUCCUCCUUCUCUGACGUCUCUGCUCUCUCUUUUCCUCUUUGCAAUAGUUGUAGUGGGAUCAACCACUGCUCAACAUUUAUCCGCCCCAGCUCCAUUAUUAUACACCAGGAUUCACUCGCCAUGUUUCCUGUGCGCAAACAAACGGAGAAUGUAGCAGAACCGGAAACUGGGGGCAAGACUUGCAUAGGAAUCACACCGCAGGGUCCCAUAAACUAAGCGAGCGGCUUCAAUCCCAGCAUUCAGUUCCUUCCCCACGUCAUCCCUCGCUUCAUAUCUUCUGUUGUCUGCUGUCUUCUCUGAUUUACCCAAAAAUAAAAGCAGACCUUUUUGCUUUACACGGCACAAGGAAGGUCAUAGCCGAUAUGACUUCCAGGUGGAGUCAAGACUUCUCUGAAAAACACAAUUUCUCUUAGGUCUUUUAAAAAUAAAAGUCUUAAUCUGUACAGUCUGUGGUUUUAGUUUUUCUUCUACCAGAGGACUGUACACCAGCUUCAGCACGUCCUCAUAUGCCUCGCCAUAAACCGUGACGGAUACACAUGUGUUGAUGUUGUGCCCUGACCGUUUCUGUGUCUUGUUAUGCAGGUCGUGCUUGGGUUCGUAUGCGAAGCAGACUUCAAGCUCGUUGCCAAGGCCAUCAGGGACAGAGUGACGGCCAUAAAGCGGCAGAGGGAGAAGCUGAGACGACAGGCGGAGGAGCGGAAGAAGAAGCUGGAGCAAGAGGCCAUAGAGGAAGAGCCAGAGCCUCAGACUCCACUGGCUAGAGUUAGUGAGGUUAUCUCAGCAGAGUCCCCCACUCCGGCCUUCACGCCUCCGGCCCCACUCCUGUCUCCGGUCACCAGUUCUGUGGACUCAGGGGUCAGCUCCAACUACCCUGCAGAGCCGGAGGAGCCUGAGGCGGACCAGCAUUUUCACAUCCGGCACAACAGCCUCUCCUCUGCUAACUGUGAGCAACAGCAAUACCACACACGAGUUCCCUCCCUCCUAAUUACAUAUUUUUGUCAAAACUGAGUUAUUUGUAUUUUCUUAUUCUUAAACAGUUUUAAGGUGUUUUUCUAUCUCUUAUACAAAAGUUACUGUCUGUAGGGUGACCAUAUUCUGACUUCUUAAAAAAAAAGACAUAAUUAUGCGGGGUGGAGUCACGGAAUCGCACAAAUUUUGUGCCUAGCCGGCGGCGUGGCGUAAGCACAGUAUAAGUCAGGUCCGCCGCACCGAUAAGGCGUGCCCAAGCACAUUUAGGUAUUAAGGUGAGCGGCGCAGCCCGGCAUAAGUAUCCCCCCUCCCUAACUCAGCUCCUCCCAGCGGUGUGAGUCGUAGAGAGGGAGGAGAUAAGGCGUGGAGUGGGUUUAACACAGCCGAUAACUGUUUUCACCAAUCACAUCAGCUCUUCUCCUCACCUUUAAAUCUGCCACCGGCGAGGCGUAUUACAAUUUUCGUGAAAGAUUUUCAGGUCGAAUCGAGUGUCUUUUACGCGCUUCUAACUUAGUAAGUCCACGUGACACAAACUCGAAAUUUGUGUACAAAACCGCGGACAUCUAAAUGAUUUUAUAAACUUCCCCAGACAAAGCCGGACAGCUCCCCAAAAAGAGGACAUGUCCGGGUAAAAUAGGACAUAUGGUCACCCUAGAUACUGUAUAUCUACUCAGUCAAAGCUGAGCUGGGUUCUACAGGAUUAUAUCUGUGAGCCAAUGAGCUAUUGACUUGAACAAAGGAGGCCCAAUCAGGUUCCACUUCUUUGAUCUCACUACAGUGAGGGCAGGAAAAGGGGAUAAAAACACAAAAAAGUUCCUGUGCUAACAUUAGGAGGAAAGCACAAAAGGCCGUUUUUCCAGGAAUAGUGUACGAGUAUUUCUCAUUAUUAAAUUGUUGAUAAUCUAAGUAUAAGAGCAUGAUCAGUUUUAAUGACUUACUCAUCGAGGACUCAGGGAAACAAUCGUGCAGCCGACAGUUAUUCUGCAGGAAGCUGUUCAGACUCCAGAGUGUAUGGGAGACAUACAAAGAAAUGUGAAACUGUAACUAAAUUAUUCAGUCCCUGUAAGUCUCGUGGUGUGUUUGCGUGCUGUGCUGUGUUGCAUUUAAUGAUCAUUUCCUCGUUUCUAAUUUAAAACAACAGCAGAAAUAUUCGUCUCAUCGCUCAUAAUGAAUUCAGCCCCUCGGAGCGGCGCUAACCCGCAGAUUUUUAUUGAGUAACUGUUUUUGUGUGUGGUAGGUCUCAGUUUGGGGUCUCUAAGUGUGUUUGUGUCAGUCAGUCAGGCCACAGUCAGUCACAUGCUCAUGGUGUUUUAUCCUUUUGUUUAAACAGCUGACUGUGAGACGGACGGCUAUCUGAGCUCCUCCGGGCUUCAGGAUCCGCUGGAGGCCGGCAGCUUUAACUCGCCCGUGACCCCUCCCACCAAGCACCCUGACACCCCCAUCCCCAAUGGGCUCACCAUCCCGGCCCUCCGCUUCCCCUCGGUGAGUGGCCUCGGUGAAGAGAGAAUGACUUUAUGAAUCACUGACAGAGAGUUUGAUAGAUGAUGUUAUGACAGGAAGUUACACCUGACAGCGAGGGAAGGCAGCUGUAUUUAUAUUUCACACAGGCCAAGAAGCUGACAGAUAUUUAAACAUUUGUGAUGCUUUUAGAUUAGAAAGAAGUGAAGCAUUUGCAUCUAGAGAAUUUUCCAGAAAGUGACUCAAAGAGACGUAAUUCGAACAUCAGAAAAACUGGAUUCAACUUCAUCAAGUGAGCAGAUUAGAAAAGUUAUUACAGGUCAUUUGAAAAUAUGCAGCAAAGCUCAUCACACAAUAUAAAAUUCUUGUCAAGACAUUUAACUAAGAACCCAAAAUGUCAACCAAAGCUAAUUUCUCCAUCAGUGGAUUUCACGGUGAGUUAGUGGAAAGAGAAAUGCGGCAUUAAGGAAGAAGGAAUAAUCUGUGUGGUUGAAAUCAGGACUUUUCUUGACUAUCUCGUACUGAGUCCUCAUUUGCAUGUUCUUCAACACAACUUUAUUUUCUAUUCAUAGAGUAUCGCUGUUUCUAACAACAUUGAACACGGCAACUCAGGGUCUCCAAGCGGCUUCAACUCCCCCGUGGACAGGUAAUGAUCCUCAGCCCUCUUUUCUCCCCACUCUGCUCUUUUUUUUUUCUUCACACAGAGGCGAUCUAUAGUCCCGUCUUUAAUUAAGUCAGAGAACUGAAAAUCAAUGCGAAUCUAGUAGAAAUGUCUAGUCUUCCCUCUUUAACUCCACCUCCUCCUCCUCGCCCUCUUCCUCCUCCACAUCUGUGGGGCUGUCACAACAAGCUGGAGGCGAUCGACAGGCUCCUCUGUGUUUUUAUUGCUGUGAGGCAGCGUGGACCCUCGCAGGUCUCUCCGUGACGGGGGUCUCUGAUGUUGAGGAGGCCCUUGUUUCCAUGUUUUUCAUGAUGGCGGGAUGUUAGAGAGAGACUUUAUUUAGAUUUUAGAGCCGAGAAAAGCUCACUUGUUUUGGCGAUAAAUAUCCCCUCACUUUUUUAGUUCCGACUUUCACUGCUACUGCUUUAUCUAAAAACAAGUAAUAGAGAGAAAACAGCAGUAUAGUUAAGUUAUUAGUAAAAGAAACUGACAAAUAUCAACUCCUAAUGUAAGUGUGCUUUGAUUUGAUAUAUACCGAUAAACCUAAUAUACCUUGUAGAAGUCGUAAGGUGAUAAGCUGGUAUGUGUCACGUGGUGUUUGUGGUUGCUGUGGUAACAUACGGGAGCUUGGGUCAUGCCGAGUAGUUAUGAAAAGACGUGGCUUACCUGCAAUCAGGUGAUUUUUGUUGACCGCUUCGUAUCGCUUCGCAUCGCUUCGCAUCACAUCAUAUAGUAUAGUACAGCAUCACCUUGGAUUACCUUUGUGUGAUCCUGCUGUAUACCAGAAGGGGUCCUGUGUGUGUGACCGUAUUAGCAGAUGUUUCAUUAAAAACACCCUAAAGUGCAGUCUAAGCCUCUUGCUUGUCUAUGUAGAAAGCUAUAGCGCGUCAGACAAAUACUGGACCCUCAACUUUCCUCUCAAGCGACAAUGUUGGUCUUUAGAGUUGCUACAUUAAAAAUAUUUAUUUUGGUUAAAGCUCCUGUGAGGAACUUCAAGUUUGGGUCAUGUAUGGCGCCCCCUGUGGACAAAGCAGUCUUUGUUUAUCUCAUCCUGUACGUGCUGAAUUAGCGGCAAAAAAUGUCAUCUGCUGACUUUUGACAGCCAAAUGAAUUAUUUAUUAUGAAUGUUUUUUGCUGAUGGUCUUGUUUGCUUUUAUGUAUCAUGAAAAGGCAUUAGUAUGAAUUUCAGUCUAUUUCAUAAGUGUAAAAAAAUCCUUACUGGAGCUUUAACUAAAAAAAAGACUUUGAUGAGCCAUCUUACACCGCCGUGACUCAAAAGUGAAGAACUUGUAAUGUUUGACAUUUUUGAGGGUAAAAACUCAAUAAUAGAUGAUCAUAAAUGUCAUGCACCACAGGAGCUUCUUGUCCUUGAAGGCCACCGUCCCUUCACUGAUGGAAAGGGUGAGAAAGGGAGCAUUUAAAUCCAGAACUCCUGUUUCUACACACUGUAACAUCGAACCUCAGCCUGAUUGUCAGUUUUUCUGACAGUUUUUCUGACUCAUACGCUGAAAACUGAAGCAAACGUCCAGUCUAAUUAUCGUCCUCUUUUCUGACAGGAGAGAAAAUACCUCUUUUUGCUUCGGUCGUUUCCAGGAAAACCUUGGAUUUAAUUGAUAGGUAGAUUUUUUAGAGCAGAACAGACUAUUUGACAAAACCAAGACAAAUCUUAUUUCCAUGUACUCUGUGUUUAAAGGUAAGAUAAUCUUUGCUUUCACCUGAAGUAACCCACGAGUCUGGGUCUUCUAAAUAAAGACAGGCGGACACCACCGGCCUCUCGAUGUUUCCCGCUUGUGGAUGGAGGGGAGUUUGUUACCACAGCUCUCCCAAAAGGCCCAAGAGACACAAUUAGCUGAACCAAAGCUUUUUAUAAAGCCUCCUGAAUGUUCUCCGCUUCUCAGAAACCUAAACCCUGAUCACUGUAUAAAUACGACGGAUCACAUGGAUGGGCUGCUUUCUCUGGACCAACUCCAGCUUCAUAUAUAGACUCUGAACCUGCCUCUUUAUACUCUAUUGUUUAACUUGGCUGUUCCCUCUCUAGAGACAAGCCUCCUUUACCCUUCAGAGUGAUGUUUAUUAUUCUAAUUAUUAUCAAUGGUGUUUUAAUAAGCAGCUGUGAUUUAUUUUCAAUUCCUGUCAUGCUUCUGUUUCAUGAAUUUGCUUUGUGGCUCUUUAGGGCGUCUUUUCUAAUCAGAAGCUUGUUUGGUGUCUUGGCAGCUACGCCUCAGAUGUGACUUCGAGUUUGAGCGACGGCUAUGAAGGCCUGUCGGAGAAGAGCGAGAGGACGGCUGCGAGGCGGACCGCUGCCAAGCUGUUCAGGAGGAGGGCUCGGUCGAGGCUGCGCAUCACAGGGGUACAGUAAAUCAAGAGUUUUGUGUCGUUGCAACACCACAUGUGGAGUUAAGCUAAUCAUAAACAGAUAAAUCAAGUUAGCGGGUUUAUUGUAUUUGUGAUUUUGCACUGGAGCUCCACCCUGAUUACAUAACUGCGUCUGUGCUGUCCUUCCUCAGCGACCACAGCUCGUUUUUCAUCUGGUCUGAGGUCUUUCACUGUUUGCUCUGGAGACAGACAAACACAUCAUGUAUAACCACACGUAGUGCAAAUACAAUGUCGCAUGUAAACACAUAGCAUUUUACAGUAGACCCACGCAGCUUUAGGUUUGCUCGUGCACACAAAACCGUAUUGUUUACCGCGUGUUUAACUUUACUCAGUGGUUUAGCGGGUAAACAGACACCUGUCGCCGCUCCUCAUUGAUCCUCUCCGUCCUGUCCUGCAGCUCUCUGAUAAAGUGGACCGUGUGGUGGAGUGUCAGCUGCAGACACACAAUGACAAGAUGGUGACCUUCAAGUUCGACCUGGAUGGAGAUAACCCCGAAGACAUUGCUGCUGUCAUGGUGAGUCAACGCUGCUGUGAAGUCGAUAACCGGACAAUGAUCAACAAGUUGCAUUAAAAAGCUUCGAUCGGGUUAAACGCAGAGCUGCUUCGGUUUUGUGUCAGUGUUUACUUUGGUUAUGAAUGGUAUUGAAAUUCUAUUAAAUCAAGUUUUGGACCAAUUGAUCAAAUUUGGUGACCGUUUAGCUCAGGGAAAUCAUUGAUUAGCCCUGGUUAUCAUCCCAAAUAAAACACAGAUGAUGUCCUUUCUCUUUAGUUAUACCUUUCGUUGCAUAAUUCAGAUUAUCUUUCCGGCUACAAAACUAGAAGGGCAACUAGGGAGUGGCGACCACCACCAAAGCUUAAAGUUUAGUUUUAAAGACAUGCUAAUCUGAAGAAACAACUGUCCUUUGAGGAUCCACAAAAACGGCUUUGUUGUUGUUGAUGAUUGAACGGGCUCCAAAGUUUUAAGGCCUCCUCCUCCAAGCGAAUCCUCCACCCAAGUUUCAUAAGACCAUGAACCCGCUGACAUACCGCUGACUGAGUGUAAAGAUAAACAUGUGUCCACCGCCUCCCAUUGAAUAACACAUGAAGCCAAAUUACCCAUGUGAUGAGUGCCAAUGUCAUGAGCGCCAAUGUAUUGUGCGUCAUUUCGGUGACCAGAGAAAUCAGUAAAAUGAACUUUAGUGACCUUUGAUUGACAGUAGUCACUCUCUUAGCGCUGUACACACUAUCUACCAGAAGUUUGCCGAUGUUGACCUCUGAAAGUUACUGGUUUCCCGAGGCUAGUUAAGAAUUUAAAGCUCUAGUAGGGAGUUUUUUGUGUUUUUAAAUUAAAUGAAAUUCAUACUGAUGUUGUUUAAUUAUGUAAAAAAGCAAACAAAGCCAUCAUAACCAAGAUUGUUUUUUAUAAUGUCAUUUCUUUACAUGUGAAACCAGCCGACCAGCAGCAGAAGCUAUUUAAUAACAUGUUACGCACAAAAUAUUUACAAUAAUUGACACAUUUGACCACCCAAAGUCAGCAGGAUGAGAGUUACUUUAAGCAUGUAGAAGAAAAAAAUAAGCAAAAACUGCUUUGUCCACAAGGGGCGCCAAAAUUGACACAAAGCAAAAGUUUGUCACAGGGGCUUUAAUAGCAAAAACCUUUAGGAUAUUUAUUUUGAUGGUGUAUAAUCUUGAUUUUAACGAGCGUGAAGUUCAGAUUGUUGAAAUAAGGAUGAACUUUGACUUGAUUUUUGACAUCUUACGUCUUGUUCUCCAAGAACUCACUGGUGGUUGAACUGUUACAAAUUCAUGCGGUGACUCCAGACAUUGCCCACUUUGUUCUCAUGUCCUGGGAUGAUGCUAGCACCGGCAGUGACAUCAAACAUGUGAGGUUAAAUCUGGGUUAACCGUGUUCAAAAUGACGAACACGACAUUGAAAAUAUUUCCUUUUAAAGAAAAAGUCCACCUCAAACAACGUGGGGUCUUACGUUUGAAUAUUUCAUCAAACAUGUGGAAUGAAAUAAUUUCCCUAGGUCAUCGAGGGGUUAACAAUGAGACUAAUCAGUUUUCUGUGGAGACUGGACCUCCUGGCACUUUGAAGGAUUUGUACAGAAAUAAAUAAAUGAGCUCACCCUGUCAGCUGAUAAGACAGCUCAGCUCCAUCGGAGCCGAAUGUCCUCGUGAUUCAUUCUGCCCCCAGUUAACAGCCUUUUGUUUGUUAAUCCUAAAUCUAUGUGAUAAUGUAUCUAACCGUCAGAGAAGUGAGUGACGUAGGGACGCAGCCCAUCAGCCCACCCUUCUCUUGUUGUCAUCGAAGCCUGUUUGAGGCCUUGUAUUCACUUCUUGUUUACUGAAUGGUCUAUUUUCUUGACUAUAAAAAAACACAGUAGGCUUUUGUUUACAAAGUCCUUCCACAGCAGAGGCAUAUGGCAUCUCACCAGCAUGCUGUCCUCAAAGAGGGUUUUGAACAUGCAGACGUGCAGACUUGCACCACGCUGACAGGAAACAGUCACCACACCUCAACCCGCAAUUACCAACAACACUCAGAACUGCAUGAAUAUGCAAGAGUAAAAAGCUCCACUCAUAAACUACUGUACUGUGGAUUUACAACACAAGAUUUAUGUACUUUUUUUGAGGUGCCGAGGGUGGGUGAGUGUUUGGGCUGGUGGGUAGAUUUCACAGAUGGGUGCACCAUUAGAAAACAAGUGCCAGAAAAGCUAAAGAGGGUUGACAGAGCUAACUGUGGAUGCAUUUUAGAAGCAAACUCGAGUGUAGAAAACUGGAUCCAAUGCCAAAGUGAAAAAAAACGCAGUUCCUUGGGUGGCUGGCAUCAAGAGUGAGCCAAACCUGAUUAGAUUUUGUCCAUCCAUCCAUCCGUUUUCUACCGCUUGUUCCCGUUAGAGGUCAUGGGGGGGCUGGAGCCUAUCCCAGCAUCUUCGGGCGAAGGCAGGGGACACCCUGGACAAGUCGCCAGUUCAUCGCAGGGCUGACAUAUAGAGACGAACAAUCAACCACACUCACAUUCACACCUAUGGGCAAUUUUGAAAGUGGCCAAUUAACCUAACCUUGCUUAGGCAUGUUUAUGGGAUGUGGGAGGAAACUGGAGUUAACCCACGCAGACACAGGGAGAACAUGCAAACUCCACACCCAGGACCUUCUUGCUGAGAGGCGACAGUGCUAACCACGUCACCACUGUGCUGUAUUAGAUUUAAUAUUAAAAUCAAAAUAUUCUGCAGAUUAUGAUGAGUUUGAUUCAGCAUCGCAUUAAAAACAGACCUGACUCUGCAGUGGGAAUCACCACAUAGACUCAAAAUCACUGUCUUUGAACACAGUUGGGCGCUGUUUCCACAAAUGCAGGUUUAAACUGUACUUUGCAAAGAGGAAAACAUAUUUAAUCAUGAUCUUGCAACUUCCAUGCUAUUUUUCCUCUGAUUCCUAAUUGUCUUCUCUGGUUUUACAAGGUCCACAAUGAGUUCAUCCUGCCAUCAGAGAAGGAGGGCUUCAUCCACCGCAUGGGGGACAUCAUCAAACGGGCCGAGUCUCUGAUGGCCAAAGAGCAGCCGGUCCACCCUGUCGGGCACAGACACCCCCAGCCUGCUUUCCACAACGGGGUUAACUCUUUAUCUUCCUCUCAGGUCAGCAGCACACCACCUGCUCCUCACCUGUAAACCACAUCACCGCAGUGUUAGCUGAGAACAAAGGACGUAGCUGUAACAGAGCAUUUUAUUGACUCGUCUGAUCAUCGUAAAUUACAGCAGCGAGAGUGUUUCUCUUAUCUUGACCAGGAGCAUAAAUCUGGUGUAAAUGGAAAGCUGUACCGUAGAGCUUUCUACACCAGAAAUAAAAACCUCAGCGGAGUGCUUUCCACACUGUCCGCAUCCCUUAUGAAACUCACCCUUAAAGACAGAGGGUUAAGUGUUCCUGUGCCACCUGAGGCUUUGCUUUCAUUUAGAACAUUAUGUUACUGAAAGCACUAAUGUCAUAAAGUCGCUGUGAUUUGUGGAAACAAACUCCAUGCCUUUUUUUUUCACAUGUAUUUGUUCCCAUGUGCACAAAUCCUUUCCAGUCCUUCCACCAUAAUGAACUUUCCAGUAUUUGUGCCCACAACGAAGGGAUAAAAUAAUUCAUGUUGGGAUUUAUGAACCGCUUUCUCAAUCAGGAUUCUGUGAAACUGUAAAAUAAGGACUUCAUGGAGAUGUUUAGGAGCAGUGCCAGCCUGUUUUCGAGAUAUGAGCCAACGCCUCAUCAGACACAGUUUGUAUGCUUGAGGAGAAGGAAGCGUCUGUUCUAGUCUGUGCAGUAAUCAAAGAACAAAAUCUCCCUGUGUGCAGAUAAACGAUGCUCAGAAAUGAUGUCGGACGUAAAAAUGUGCAGUUUCAUGUAAACAAAAGGAGAAAUAAGAGCGGUAAACCUCCACCUUGUUCACCAUGUUUCCGACCCCCCGGCUACAUAAUUAACUGGAACCACUGUGGACAAAAUCUCUCCUGGCUCCUCUCCAGCACAUGAUUAAAACAAGGCAUGGAUCACAUCCCAAAAAAACCAUUAUGGCUGCUCUUCCCAGCACUGUCCAUUUCAAGCUGGUUAAGCCAAGAUGAAAACCCAUGAUCCCCUAGACUCAUCUGUUUAUCUUCUUUUUUAGUCUCUGGGACUGGGUGCUAUUCUGGGAGUUUUUGGAAGAAGAUAGAGGGAAUAAAUGAAGUUUGAAUCUCUGGAAAGAGAAGCUGGACAAGCUGUCGCUGUUUUCCCUUAACCCACAAAUGUAGCAAUGCUAGCAGUGAGGCUGUAUUCAAGUAGGGCAGUCCUUUUUGGCUAAAACAGAAUGAUAUCAUAAUCUUAUAUAAGACCCACUCCGAUUUAAAUCAGGUUUUUCUUGUUUUUUAUAUGUUCCCAUGGUGUUUUUCUGAAGCUACGGGACAUAUCAUGAGAGAACUAAGUGCGAAAUUAAAUUUCUGAGUAUUUCUGCAUUCAAAUUGCUGUGAAUCUCUGGCAGAUCCAAAUGGAAGGUUCAGAAACAGUGAGAUUUCCUACAUCACAAAUCCAAGCUCCGCCCCCAGAGCUCCACUAUGCAGGCCAGACUUUGCAUAUAGAUGAAAAAUAGAGAGGAUGACUGCAGAAAAAGCCUGUGCAGUAGCGGAUUACAAUGCUCGUAAGAAAGCUAAUAAUAAUGUUAAUUUUCAUCAUGUCCCUAAAGAUAUUAGUGUCUGAGAGCUGAAUAGCUUGUGUGUUACCUGCCUCUUCUGUUGCACAAGCAAUGUUAGGGAGCAAGCUAGCAUGAAGACGAGUGUGAAGAGCGUUGUCUCUGCCCACGACCCAAAGCCAAAUUACAUUGCUAAUGCUGACUAUCUGAUGCUGGAAGAUUCUUUAUAGCUAAAGGAUAACUAUCUAAUACAAGAGAUAGAUAGAUGAUAGUAGUUAUAUAUGCUGUAAUACAAUAUACUGAAUGUAAGGUGUGUUGUAAAAAUCACCAUAAUACAAAUGUGAAUGUGUGAUACUGUUACAUACUUCACAUUCGGCAUAAGAAGUACCCAUGUUGCUCUUGUAAACAGUUAUGAGAUCACUGUUUUAGUUUCUUUCUGGCACAACAUAUCAAAUCUCAAAUGCUUCAUCCUCUGGGUACUAUGAGCUUUAAUAAACUAAUUCAUCUCUAUCUCUGAAUGACAAAUACCAGACAGCCUCACUGUCACACUGAUGCCCCUCAGGCUCAUCUGAUCAGCAGAUUUCUGCAGAUGGAGCCACGGUACCGCUGCCACUUACUCUUAAUAUGAGGUUAAAUUACCACACAAAGACUUUAUAAUGGGCACACUAACUGGUCAAUAACUUUGGAUUUAUUGUGGAAACUGCUCUUCAUAAAUUACCAGUAAAUUCUUUACGGCUGUGUUAAUCUUUACUUUAUUGUCCGCUUAAUACACAAUGUACCAAACUGACGAGCAAUAUUCUCAGAUGCAUUCUUCGAAGUCAGUUUACAAGAAGAUAAUACGACUAUUUUGCAUCAGUUUAACCUCCUUUGUUUCAUUCUUUUAGUGAAUAUUGAGCUCAGGACGGAUAUGGUAUUGACUUAAACGUACAUGAAUAUGAUCCUAUAACGCUGUAUUCCAGCUGUAUCUAUCUGUAAGCGCUUGUUAUCAAACCUGCUGUGCAUUUUUGUCCUUCAGCCAACUCACAGCCUUGUGCAAAAGUCACACAUCACCUUAUUAAACGUAGAGAUUGAGUUUUAUCACUUGUGCUCUCUUGCAGCCCAAUCUCCACAGUCACUCCCUUCCUCGAACAAACUCCUCCUCAUCAUUACCUGGUAAGUCCCACAGCUGCUCUGAUGAACUUCGCUCGCCCGUUAGAGGGAUAUAUUUACCUUGAGGAAAUGAAACUUGAUUUGUUUGAGUGGAUGAUUGGACUUUUGCCUAACCCCCCAAUCAUCCUGUAAACAUUUUCAACUCACAAAGUAACAUUUAGUGCGUGCCAGCUUCCAGCAUGUGACAUUAACCUUCAUCUGUUUGUUGCAUUUUUAUUUUUUUUGACUUCAUUGUUGUUGCAUGUGUGUAUUAAUAUCUGUGCACGUGCAUCCACUCAUGCAUGUGUGUGUCUCGUCGUAGACUUUGGAGCUCUUAACCCAAACGUAGCUGCACGUGGCUCCCCCCACUUCCCCAAUGGAGACGUCUUCGGUGCAGACAUUACUUCACCUGGGCGACCUCUAUUACGUUCACAGUCUUUCCACAACGCCCCAGGUAAAAAGCUUCCCGCUCCUCUCUCUGGUCCUUACGCAAAAAGGCCGAGCAUUGUUUACUGUUUCAGCUCUCUGAAAAAAUUGUUACAGUCCCCUUGGCAGAGAAUAAGUCGGCGCAAAGCUCAGCUACCUCAUAAACUCCCACCCUCCUCUUCUCAGGGCCCGUUCUCGGUAUUGUUCAGACAUUCACAUGGCGCCAUCCGCCAUCCCUUCACCUCAAAGCCUUCUUCUGUGUCUGCUUCACAGCCGGGCCUCUUGGGUAAUUACCUCACCUGAAGGCUGCUUUCUGACUUUUAGGGAGCUGUGAAUGCUGUUGCUGUGAAGCAUGAGCUGGUCUCCGGUUCUGCGAUAGGCGGCAACAUCUGUUUGCCAGCACAAACUCCUACAGAAUUUCCGAGAAAGCCUCCCACCCCCUUUUAAGUCUCCAACCCUAGAAAGAGCAUUUGAAAUCGAUUAAAGGACGCACACACAGAAUCAGCCAAAAGUCCCUGUUCCAGCCUCUAAACAUCCUCAUCCCCCAUUGUUUUGUGUCCUCUCACUUGUGGAAGUUCACCACGUUGCUGCUUGCGCAAUCCUCCUUGGCCAACCGCCACUUUCGCAGAGUGUUUCCAAACCUAUGUUUCCAUCAGCGAGGAAAAACUAGAGCCUGUUUUGCAUCAUCAGCAACAGGAGGCAGGACUUUUAACUGUGAGGCUAUUGUUAAGGUAAAUGUCAAAUCAAUCGAUGCGGGUAGCACAUUGGCAUCUCCGACUUUUCCCCGAAGGAGUUCUGAAUCAACCUCGACUGCUUUAAUCUCACAACAGGACCCUAAUGUUGAGUAAAGACACACGUGAGUUCGGUUUAAUUUCCCCUGCAAAUAGUAAGUGAAACAUCCUUACUCGCUCCCGUCGAUGCCAAACCACAAAGAGCCAUGUAAGCCAUGUGUGCAACUGUUCCCACUGCAGUUAAAGUUAAAUGCUCCUCCAAACAAAACACCUUUGUUCGGCUCAAAAACCAAUCAUUCGAAAGUACAGGAAAGAUUUAUGCUCGACAUGGCGUAGCUUUUGGCAGGAGGCUGCAGGAAGAAUUAGACUCACCAAAACCUGAGAGAGAGGAAGACAGAGUGAUCUAAUUUCUGGUCGGCGCUCUUCCAAACAAAUUAAAUCAAGGCUUAAGCUAACAUGUCUGAACUUGCACUUGAGAUAUCUGAAUGGACUUGGCCACCUGUUGCAAAGCCUUAAAUCUGAACUUUUUUGCUGCUUCUAUCUUGAUUUAUUGCAACAACUGAAAAUAUUUGAAGUGCUGCAUUUCUCCUCGUGUGCAGGCCUCUGUGGUCAUUCAAUAGGCCACACCCUGUAUUACUCUGAAUGUAUUUCAUCUUCUAAAUUACUAAAUAAAAGAAAAAAAAAGAAAAAUGUCUGAAAACUAAUGACUUGGACCAUCAAGUCAUUACAUUAAUAUUUAUGAGGGAAUAAAACUGGAAGCAGUGUCAUUUUCUAAUCGGUCAGAAAGCUCAGUGCUAAUAUUAUAUUGUUAUAGUGCUAAUAUUGGGCACUUUUAUUUUGAUUUAUUUGCAGUUGAAAAGAGAAUAGAUAAUAAAAACAAGUCCUAAUUAGGGUGACCAUAUUCUGACUUUCAGGGGUGGAGUCAUGGAGUUGCACAAAGUUAAUUUUGAGAGUUUUUCGGGUCGGAUAGAUUGUGUUUUAUGCGCUUCUAACUCAGUGAGUUUAGGUGACACAAAAUUGAAACUUACAUUCAAAACCCUGGACAUUUGAAGGAUUUUAUAAACUUCCCCAGGACAAACCCGAACAAACCCAGACAAGCCUGGACAGCCCCCCAAAAAAGAGAACAUGUCCGGGUACAAGAGGGCGUAUGGUCAUCCUACCUCAAUCAAGUUAUAUUGUCAACCAGCACAUACUGUUAGCUUUCUUUUCAAGCCAAACUAUAAACAGUUACAUUAACUCAAAAUGUGUUAUCAUGCUAAUAUUAGCUGUUGUCUAAUGCUAGCUAACUAUUAAGCCAAAAAGCUUUUAUAAUGAUAAAAUGCUGUUUCAAUUUAAUGAGUUUUUUAACCUGCUAAUAUUUUAUUACUUUAUUGAAGUUUGUGAGUAACUGAAAAGUUACAGAAAUUGGUCACACUUUAUUUUGUAACUCAUUGAUCGUCAUUCGAGGGUAGGAGAUUUGUCAGAUUACCAUCAUUUAUCAGAUUUUCACACUUUUUCAAAAAAGUAUAGCGAUAUUACAGCAUUUUUUGCCCUACCUUUGAUAAAACAUGACAGUAGUAUGUUAUGCUGUGAAUAUGGGUUUUGAUUCGGUAGAGUCGCCCCCUACUGGUUGGCAAAGAUUGCUGACGGAAGAUAUUUUGAACUCGAAAAGCUAAAUUCACUUGUUUUGCACUCUCUGUUUGAGCUAACCUUAACUCAUUUCAUCUUUGUCUUCCAGGGUCCCCACUCCAUUACCAGCAUCACCACAACCCAGCAUCCCUCCUGCCCCACCACCAGCACUACCACAUACCCUUCAUGGGCCACAGCCACUUCCCAUUCCCAUACCCGGGCUCUCCCGGUUCCCCAAAACCAGCCCCUCACCCUCCCCUCACUCGUGUAGCCAGUAACCCCACCUUCCCUUCUGUCCCCUCCCCAGCACCUGGUUCCCCAAAUCCUCUGAACGAGACCCCGAGUCCUGUGAGCAAUGAGGGCGUCACCAUGUCCCCUCCUGGCCCCCAGCAUCCCAACAUGUGGCCCCCUCACACGCAGCCCCUGUUUUCAUUGGCGAAUGUCAUCUCCAUGGCGAUGAGCAUGGCGCAGUCUUUCAUCCCUCCUGCGAGUAUGCCCGCUCAGGGGAUGCCCUCCUUCCCGGGUUACCACCACCAGCUGCCCGGUCACCUCCCGCCACAGUCAGGCUACCCCUCCGUCUACCCCCAGCAUUACCAGACCUCACCAGUAGAGGCCCUUUACCCCACGGUGGGCAUCCAAGCACAGAACAACAUCUACAACAGCCCUGAGAAUGUACCACAAGUUGAUGGUUCACAUCAGAAUACUCAUCCAGGCUGGCUGCAUCCAGUUUCUCCACCUUCCAUGCCUACCACUCCUCCACCGGUUCCCCAGGAGCCUCUGCAGCAAGUCGGAUUCUCCAGUCCAACCAGUAUCAUCCAGGAUGACGGUCUCAACCCUUUGGCUCCAUUCUCAGCACAGGUUCAAACCCAGGCUGAGCUGAAAUCAGAGGAGUCCUGUUCAAUCUCCUCAUCAGAUCUGUCCCCAUCACCACCAUCAGAGAGCCCAGAAAGCACUGUAAGCAUCAUGUGGUCUCUUAUUUUAUCGGUCUCUCUAUGGGAAGAUUCCUUAAGGGCUCGCGUCCUUCAAUGUUGCUUUUUGUGCUUGCUGUGCCCACAACAUCAAUUUGAGGGCACUUCAUACCGAUGAUUACCGUUGCUAGGUUACUUAAUUUGUUCCAAGGCACUUCCACUUCCCCAGGGACCAUCAUGCUUGCUUUAUAACACUCUGUCUGCCUCAUAGUACUUUUUAUUCAAAAGGAUGGAAACUGUGUCGAGGCGUAUGCAAAUGUGGCGUCAGAACAGACGUCUCGUCUCUUAUAGAUUUUGACUCUUAGGUGAUGGAGAAGUGAUGUUAAGGUUUGCAGUGGUGGACACACUGAGCAGUGAAAACUCAGCACUGCAUCUGUUUUGUGUUGAAAACAAGCACACCCUGCUCAAAAAUGACGUCAAUGGGCACAGGCCAUUGGGAGGCAAAUUAAGGCCAAAGUAUUACCACGAUUAACUUAGGAGGUAACAAUAUUAGUUUCAGUUUGUUUUGAAUCCAGCAAAAAAUCACUUCCAGGAGCUUUAAUUAAUUAAACAAACUUUUAGAUUUUAACCAUUUCUAAUGUUCUUAAUCCAAUACUUAUUCUCUCUUUUACCCCAUAUUUAAGAUCUUUGUUUUUUUUUAACUUUUUGUAGCUUAUUUCCAAGUGUAAAAAAUUCUGCAGCCCCUGAAAACUGAAUCAAAACCUCAACGUCCCUGAUAUCUAAAUCACAGUAUUUACUAAAAAGACUAUUUUCUGUGUACAUCAUACAUGUUAGGCUAAUUCUGCUGUCACACUAACAGUAAAAAUGUUUGUUUUUUCUCUGUAGUUAUCUUCCUUCAGCACACAAAUGCAACCUGCUAUCCCUGAGAUGACUGCCAGUACCCCCAAAUCGAAAGCCUCUACCACUGAAUCUGGUGAGAAUUUUCCUCCCGUUGUCAGAACAUGAUUUCUGUGUUGUUUUCUUCAGCUGGGUUACGUAUAGAUCAGAGAGCAUCCUGGAAGUUAAUAGGAGAGUUGUUUUCUUUAUUAGAGAGCAGUUUUGUUGACUUUCAUGGGUUUUUCUCCUCCGUCACUGCACCACAAACACCUUAUGUAGUGUAGGAGACCAGCCAGAGACUGAGAGAAGUGGAAAAUGACAUAACCGUGUUGUGUUUAUAUUUGUAGGCCAAACAAACACAAACACACACAUGCUUAUGGUAUACACAUGAUCUUACCAGCAGCCAAAUAAUCUAGUUUUUUCUCCUUCGGCUCUAUUUUAUGAUGUUUUCGCUCCAAAUACCGUCUGAUGUCCCCGUUAUAGCCAAUUUAACGUCCAGCUUGUUUUUCUUUCACUUCCCUCCUCUGUCUCCUUGGUGACAUUAUCACCCAUUAACCGUGCCUCAGGAGCCGUUGCGUAACCGAGUACGGAUGUAAUGUUCCAUUCAAAACCAACACAAACGUAGGUGUGAUGGCGACCCUACCCACAGCUAACGACCAAUCAGGACGCCGCUGUGCUCAUUACCAGCCUCUCCUCCCACAUCCACACCUGUCAGUGUUUAGAGCCCACAUUCAACAGAGUCCCUCUGUUUAAGCGGGGCACUGACCCAGAGGCCGUCUGUGUUUGCUGUUAGAGGGACACUCGGUGGGCGAACUGAGGCACUGCAGGAUUUAAGAGCCUGAAAGCCUCUAUUUACUCUGUUUACUCUUUAUAUAAGCUGGAUCUGGACAGGUAAAGUCAUUCUCAGGAGAGCAGUCAAGACUUUCAGCAAAAUUAAAGACAGCGUAACAAGAAUUAAGGAGAAUAAAGUUGUAGUUUUAGGCUUUCUUUUAUUUUGAAGGGGGAUACCAGAGGACAGAUUUCACAAACCUCUUAUUUUACAAGACAUCAGCAUAUUUUACGAGCUCUUGUUGAGGCCACAAGCUUCACUGUUUGAUCUGCAGCUACAGGGAGCACCUAUGACCUCCCUCAGCUGGUAUCAAUCAGCUCAGGCUGUGAGACUAUAAAAGAGGGGCUGAGCUCUCUGGUCCAGUUGGGUUUUUGCUCCUUAGGAGGUCCACACCUUCAGUUGGCUGUCCUGUUUUCUGUUGUGUGAAUAUUUUAGUUUGAGUUACAAGAUAUUUCUGUGUUUAUUCAGGAAUCAUUAUUUCCUCUCUGACUUUUGACUCAUCUUUUUCAUUUGUUUUGUUUGUCUAUCUGUCUGUGGAGAAGUUUUCCACAGACAGUCUUCUGAUGCACCGCUUUGCCUCAGUUGGUAGAGCAGACACUCCAUGAAUGGAGGCUAUAGUCCUGCCUGUGCAGAUUGUAGGAUCAGUUCUUGGUCUGGACAUGAUUUGGUCCCAAUAAUGACAUGUAUUGAUAAUGAGAGAACUGAUACUAAUAAUGGACGACUUACAUCUGGUUAUGCUCAACAUUUAAAAACAUUAUCCAGUGAUGGUCUGAGAUUUGAUUUGCUGUCAUUGGGGAUGGGAAAAUGUGUUUUCAUUUAGAAAAGAUAAUGGUGCUAUCUGCCUUGUGGUGGCUGAUGCUGAUAAUGUAAAAAGGCCAUUUAACAGCCUGAUUAAUAGACUUUAAUGCUUUACUUCUACUUUACUGCUGUUGUAAAAUCUUAACUACUUUAGCCAAGUUAGAACCAAAUUGUAGUUUGGAUUUAUUUAACUUAUUCUUAUUAUAUUCACUCUUACGAAAGGAGUAUUAGGGCCACAUUUAGAAGAAAAAAAAUUAAGACUUUGAGAUUUAAAUUGUUAACUUACAAGAAUAAAGUUGUAAUAAAAUCACUAUGAUAGGCUAAUUAUGAUAACGUGGUGCUAAUGUGCCUAUGAUUUUAGUAUGACUUUAUUCUCAUUAGUAAUGACUUCAAUCUCGAGGUAUGAAUAUAUAUAUUUUUUUUAUGUGGCCCUUAUACUCCGUCAUACUCUCUCUCUCUCUCUCUCUCUCGCUCUCUCUCUCUCUCUCUCUCUCUCUCUCUCUCUCUCUCUUAAGCUUUUGUAUUUUGGGGUUUUCAUAAUCUCAUUAAGAAUAUUUUGUGCAGAUUUUUUCACAGUGAACAACAUCUGACAGCAUGUUUUUGUUAGAGAAGAGCAGGGCCUUGGUUUAGUCUUUGUAACGCCACUCUAAAGUGGGACAUAUGUGUAAGAAGUGUCUGCAACAAUGUGAGCAUGCAUAUAUACACAGCUGGUUACAACUCUGUACCAUGUUAUCAAUGCUGUAAAUUAAAGCUCCAGAGAUUACUAUUUAAGGUGAUAACUGUAAAAGCAGAGGGAGACUCAUUUGAGGACUGUUAUGAUUAGAUUAAAGUCAAAGCUUGACAGUCAGGACGGACUGAGGCUUUGUUCUGAUGAUCAAUCACCUCUGAUCAGAUUAGGAGAGAAUCACUAUGACUGAGCUGAUGAUUGGUCCAGAGUCGUAUAAAUUCACUGACUGGAUGGUACAACUUCUUAUUCAUGGAGACUAGAAGUAAGUGGAGAAAUGAGGAGACACAGAAUCCAAAAAUGUUUAGAAAUAAGAGCUGAAAUAAUGCGCAUUGUUGCAAUCACAAUCCAUUCAGGGACAUGAUCAAAAUAUUGAUUUUCACUCGAGUAGAUGUGCUACUUUGCAGAUGCAUUACUCAAUUUAUUUGCCAAAGUAUCUCUGUGACAGAAAGACCUUUCUCUGUGUUUUAUUUUGAAAGGAACUGAGCAAGCUAAAUUGUUUCUUGAUCUGAGUUUGGAUCAACAUUCUUCAUCUUUUCUUGCAGAGGUUCACGCCGCUCCGGUCACCGUCGGGCGAUUCAAGGUGACGCCCAGCAUGGACAUCCCCAUGCCUUCUGUGUCGCCCAUACCUGCAGCCCCACAGCCAGCAGACAGCGGCAGCACCCAAUCAGAGAGCAGCACCGAGGAGCAGGGGGAGUCCGAGACAAGCCUGGGCACCUCCCUCACCCUGUCGCCUCCUCACCCGCACCCCCACAGAGCUCUGACGGGGGUCAAACAGGAGGUAGACGCACAGAUGGGUUGGGUUCAGAGCCAGGAGAAGCAACAGGAAAGAGAAGAGGAAGAAGAGGAGGAAGAGGAAGAGGAAGAAGAGGAGGAGGAGGAGGAAGGGGAAGAAGAGGUUCUAGGAGAGCGACAGAGGAUGAGGAGGAGGACGAGGAGGAGAGCGUACAGCCUGAGUCUGAUGGGGACGUCGGCCGACAGCGGGCUCUCUGUGACGGCUGCAGAGAUGGAGGGGAGGCUGUGGGACGGAGCGGCGGGCAGCCCGCAGUACAGCAACGCCCUUCAUCAUCUGUGGAUGAUGACUUAUAACAGAAACCCUCCGUACCUGAGCAGUGACGACUCAGACAGCGAUGACGAGGACAUGCUGGAGGAGCUGCAGGAGCUCAGAGAGAAGUAAGUGAAGACGCCCAAAACACACUCAGAACAAAGACGUGUGAAAGAGGACGAGUCAAAAGAAACAGGUUUUUAAAGAAAGUUAAUCAGAUCUGAAUGAUGAGAAAGUUUUGUCAAGGAUUUUAAACACACAUGGACAUACACAAUCAUUUUCAGACUAAUUUUGUCACCUUUGGUAAAACUUUUCCUACUUUCUCAAUCUUUACGCUGUUAGUCCAAGAAAAAAACAACUGAUUUUGAUCCAAAAUCCUCUACUUUAAUAUCACAAAUAUCAAUUAAAAAAGAUUUUAAUCAGAUUUAAAACAAUUAAUAUAAUAAAAACUGUGGGUAACCCUUCCUUCUACAGUCCUCUAAAAUACCUGGUAAUAACAUGAAGACAAAAAAAACACAAUAGUAUGUAAUUUCAAAUGUGACUUAAAGUUGAUUUUAGGGAAAUAAUUGCUGGAGUACAGAGAAAAACCUUCACUAUCACACAUUAAUUCAACUGAAUAAUCAAAGUAUGACCAGGUCAGAGUUAGGGGUCGUCAUAAAAAGGUAAUAUUCAGGUAAUACAUUGAAAACAGCUAAGACUUCCUUUUACAAUCCUUAUUAUAUACACCAGUAAUGACAUAGUAAUGUGUUUUUAGGCAAAUUCAUAGUAAUUAAAGGACUGUAAUAGGGAGAGUUACCUGUUAAUUUUUAGGACUGUUAAAUAUAAAGUGUUUAUAAAUGCUCAUUAAGAUGAUGUCUCCAAACUUCUUUUUUAAGUUUUCACUUUUACUGAACUAAACUUAGAGAAGUGAAAAUGCCUCACUGUUAGAUGUUGAAUCCAGCAGAUGUGCAGACAAUUUAGCUUGAGAAGUCACUCAAAGUGAUUAACUAAACAUCAUCGUGAUUAUAAAGCAGCUUUCUGAGUAAUCAAAGAUUUCUUUCAUUACUCUCUUUUAUGAAUAUAAUUGUUCCCCCAAAAAAUCUAGUUAAAGAAAAGUUGAGCAUCCAAUUUUCUAGAGCCUUCAUUUCUUGAAAUCCUUCAAGGAUUUUCAAGGAUGACUGCAGAUGUAUUUCCCCAACCUGUCAGAUCAGUCAAAGCCAAACCUUCAUUUGUUUUGUUCCUUUUUCUAAGUGAACAACAGACUGAAACAACAAAGACAACAUGGACUGUUUACCCUGUACUGCCCGCUCCACCCACUGAGCUGUAACCGUUUUUCUCUUCAGACACCUGACGGAGGUGCAGACCUUACAGGCUGCCCAGAAAAGGGAGAUUGAGGAGCUGUAUGAAAAGAUGGGGAAGGUUCCUCCCCCCGGAAUCGUCUCUCCUGCUGCUAUGCUCUCCAGCCGACAGCGCCGUCUGUCCAAAGGAAGCGGCUUCCCAUCGUCCCGCAGGAACAGCCUGCAGCGCCUGGAUAUCCUGCCUCUCCAGGGUGAGGGAUGACGCAUUAAUUUUUCAGUUUAAUGAUAUUUUAGAAAUUAGGUAUGUUUUUUAAAGCUUGUCUUCUUUUUAGGGAUCAUUAGGAGAAACUCUCUUGGAGGCAGCAGCAGCAGCUCCCAGGAAAAACCCAGCAAAGGCGUCACCUUCGCCACUGACAUAAGUAGAAUGGUGGGUAAAUACUCCAACAGAAAACACGGUAAAAAUAAAUAUUACAAAGGUUUUUCUCCUCACUGUUGUUCUUCUCUUUGUUUCCAGUAAGAAACUCUCAGCCCUAGAACGCUGUAUUUUUGGUCUACCUCAUCUGAAGUGUGACUGCAGUGGUCCAACCCGUCCAGUAGGAGGAACACUUUUCACCGGCACACCGAUCAGCAAACGGCUUCUCCCCCGACAGUGUUUAAUUACCUCAUCGCUCAAAUAAGCAGUCACCGGUGAAGCUGUGAUAUCCAGUUUCCCUGUCUGCUUUCACUCACACCAGGUGAAUCUAUCGCAGCUGAAGCACAGAGAACCUACCAAUGUGUUAAGAAAAAAGAAACGUCCUUUUUUCGUCUCUUGUAAAUAAAACUCUCAGAUCCACUGGUUCAGUCGCGGAACUCUGGGAGAGGAUUUUAUGUUUCUCUUAAAACGAGCUUUUUAUCCGAACGCAGUCAAACCGACUAGGAGUUUGACCCAGUGUGAAAAUAGUUACUGUUUCCCUGCUUGUCUGAUUCACUGCCGUUAAUCAAUGUGAGCACAGAAAUGUGAACCACGGCGAGGCUCUUGACACUUUUACUGACAGCUGUACAGAACACUUCUGAUUUUCUUAUUUGCUGUAGUUUUAUAGAUUUGAAAGAUGUCUCAGCACCUGCUGACUGCACAGUGAAUACACUCUGAUCAUUGCCUUCCAGGGGCCGUAGAGAGCAAUCUAGAUGCUUUGUACAGUUUGAUUAAUAUAUGAAUCAUGAAAUCAUUUCGCUGAAGUCGUAGUUCGACGCCUGAUUGGAUGACUUGAUGAGUUCGGCAGCGUUUUGCCAGACUUUUUUUUGAUUUAGCAAUCAUGCGGGAUAGAAGUGUUGCUUAUAAAAAACACACAUGAAGAAACAGAUGUUAGUCUAGCGCUUUUUGAAGCAGCGAUAAUCGAAAAUUGUGCAGAAGACUUUUGCAUUGAUCAGGCUUGAACUUCCAAAUAACUGCAUUCAAGUCAAAAUGAUUUCUUUGUAUUGAUUAGAUGUACAAAAUGAACCUAGGUUUUUAAACUACUGGCUUUCCUGUUUAUUGUACAUGUGUAUAUACAUAGUAGAGUGCAUUGGUAGAUCAUGUUUACAAGAGUAAUCGAAACCUUAAUUCUUGCUCGAGCAGAAAUCAUGUUUGUCGCUUGUUCCUUAGAUCAAGCACCUUGUGCACUUUAGUAACCUUUAGUUUUGGAUCAUUUAUCACUUUUUGUGGGUAAAACUGUGUUCACUUGAGGGAGAGAACUGAUUUUAUUCUUGAUUUAUUUUUUUCCCCCUGAAGGGAGGCAGAGCUUAUUCUCCAGUUCAUAUCUGAUCACAAUGUUUUCUAUUGGGUCACAGUAAUGAAGAUCAACCCUCCAAGAGUUUUUAAACGAGUGAUUUACGGGCUCUUGACAGAGGUCAGUCCAAGCUGUGAAUGUGUAGCCGUUGCCUUAUAAAAUAUUCACAACGCACACUGAAUUUUCUGGCAAUGGAACUCCUGUAAGAUUUUCCAAAAAAAAAAAAAAGUUCAUAAUAUAUUCAAAGAGGUCUCAAAAUUUUGAAUGUAAAUAUAUAUAAUGGUAUUGCUUUCUGAAGCUGCUGCUGUCCUGCCAUGCUGAAUCUGUGCCUUUCCCUUUACAAUGUCUUAUUUUAUAUUUGUACUCCAGAUUUGGUGGCUAGAUCAGACGCUGUAUAUCAAAUUUUGGCAAAAAUAAAUGCAAUUGUACAGAAAAUGUUACA